AUGGGGAAGGAGUUUGAUAAGCAGAGGACCAUGAGCCGCAGCUGCAUCCUGACACCAGGUUUAUAAGCUCCACAAGGUAUUGUGGGCAGAUGAAGGAACAGACCUGGGGGAGCAAGGUAUUGUGGGCAUGAAGGAGCAGACCUGGUGGAGUGAUGCCCUGGGAGCCUUAGGGUGCUGGAGAUGUGACAGGAAUCUCAAUCGAUGAUCAUUGUAGCAAGGACAAAGGGGAUGGAAGGAACAAGGCAGGUGCCGGAAGAACACAUGAGGGUAUCAAGCGAUUGGGGCGUUGACAUUUUCUGAAGGGAGUACAGCAAGUAAUAAUACUAUGAAAGGAAAUUAGAAGAAGGGUUAACUAGUGAUUUAGGGUCAGGGAGAACAGAAGAGGACCAGAGCUCGCUGCCCCCUAAUGUUGUGUUUUCAGUCAUUUUUUCUCCUUUUGCCAGUAUUUAUUCAGAGUUUCUCAAAGUAGUUAGUAGGGGCAGUACACUACUAGUCCAGGGGCCCAUGUACAGUAUGAUAAUAGAAUCUUGACAUUGACAGAUUUCCUCCUUUUGUGUUCUGUUUUCAUUGACCUUACAUUUUAAAGGUGGGGACCCUCGAUUAUUUUAUUUUACCCUUCAUGCAUGGCCCUCAUGCUAUGUCCUUCAAGUGAAGCCACGUGUGUCCAUGGAGCCAUUGACAUCAGUAUAUUUCACCUCUGGACCCAUUGCAGGCCAUAUUAAGGACUUACUGUACACAUGCUUAAGAGCCACAUAAACACAGGGAUUUAUGGAAUCUUAAUCAUGUUAACCUUUAAUGUUGGUCUGAAACUGUGUUUGUAUUUUGUACAGUGAGUUUAGAUCAAUAUGUUUUGCCUCUGAUAAACAUGUUUUUUUUGUUAGUUGGGUUGCUGAAAAAGGUCCCAGCAGACAUCAUUUAACAGGUUGUACCGGUUCUUUUCAGAAGGGACUAAAAACAACAAAGACAAAGUUAAAAACAUGGAACUGUUUUUUGUUUUGUUUCAUUCAAAUGCCACAUUUCACCAAUGUUAUUGACUUAGGCCUAUGUAACAAAACAAGUUGUGGGUUGAGUUAUUUUGAACCUUUAUUAUUGAGCUGCUGUGAAUGUCGAAUGACGCUCCAGAUGUUAAGAGAACGCACGGCACAUCUUUCUUCCAACAGAACAGCUCGCAGCUAGUGCACUGUCUUUUCUCCCAUGCGUAUACAUUUACAUUUUACAUUUUAGUCAUUUAGCAGACGCUCUUAUCCAGAGCGACUUACAGUUACAUGGUGCUUGUCCUUUCAUGAUUAUUGUCUCUGGGAAUUGAGUAACACAGAGGUUGUUUGGGUGUGUUUUUCAGCUCCUUGUGGUGGUCAUUAUGCUGCAUCUGAAGGCGUGGUGCUCUCUCCUAACUUCCCCCACAACUACACCACUGGUCAAACCUGUUCCUACUACAUUACUGUCUCUGGAGAAUUUGGUAAGGUUAAUCAACAUUAUUAAAGCAGCACUUAGACUUAAUCUGACUCGUUUCAAACCUCUGAUUUAGCUGCCUACAGUCCAAUGGAGGAUUUACCAUCAUUUUCAGAUAUUAUCAUUGUGGAAAGUGUGUACCUUAAGUUAGUCUCCCAGACUUAUACAAAGCAUAGUUCAGUCAUGAAGUGCUGAAUCAUGAAUCAAGGUAUGCUAGAGUCAUCCCUGGUUCUUGUUUGACCUCAUACAAGUCAUGCUUUCUUGUUGGCUAGCCUGUUGUGUGGUGACAUCACCCACCCUGAGACCUGGGUAGUUAGCACGCUAGCCUUGUGUCAUUGUCGUCAAGAGACAUUUUAAACACUUGGUUAACCAUUUGUGGAUAGGAUUGUUUUGUUGCAACGUUUUACAUACUGAGGUAACGUAUAUGAUGUCACCAUUUUGUCUCCUCAGUGGUGUUUGGGCAGUUUGCCUACUUUCAGACAGCAAUGAAUGACUCAGUGGAACUAUUUGAUGGGGCCAAUCAGAAUGCCAGGCUGCUAAGCUCCCUCGCUGGGUCUCAUUCAGGUAAGUAAUAGCUUUCCAUUCUUUCCACUGUUUAUAGCUUUUAAAUGAACAAAACCAAUGGAAAACACACACGCACAUGUGGAUGUUGUUGGGGAAGACAAGAGGUGUUAAUACAAAAAGGUCUCAGCGUGAUCCCUGUAUUAAUAACUGCUGUUGGCACUUGGUUACUGUCUCAUUCAAAAUGUUUUCAUUUCAGUAAUUAAUAUUGCGACAUGACAUCCAUGCGAGAGCAGGAAGGACAGCCAUAUCAGAAAUAAGCAAUGCUUCAAUGAUUAUGAAGAUCUAAAGACAUGGUUUCAGUCCUUAGGCCACUCUCUCAGUAUUUUUUAUUCUUUCAAGCCACCAAAUAAAAUACGGAAAUUCAACAGCUGUCCUCAUCUGAUUUAUCGCUGGUAUUAACAGAGGAAGGUAAUUAUAUUUCAGAACAGAAAUCAGCCUCAACUUUACAUUAUUCUGAGGAUUGAUGAAGGCCAUUGGAUAUAAACUGUUUCUAUGGGACCUUGUACUAUUCAGAUGUGUGUUAUUCGGCAGAGCAACAAUACAUUCCCAAGGGAGAUGAUGAUCGUUUGAUUUUACUUUGUCUUUGAAAACGUUGGAUUUCACCAUUUAGUAAUGCAGUAUGUGAUGUGCUAUAGAAAAUUAAAAUGGAACGGUUAUACUGAAUUAGAUAACACAUGAAUUACCUCUGACAUUUGUCCAAGAUGCCUAUACUAAUCUUUUCUGUACACUAUUCCUUUGCAAUGUUAAUUGAGAGUUUCUGUCAUCAAGUAACUUGAUGUGUUUUCCCUGUCUAUUCAUGGUGACAUUUGAAUUAUAAUGAUACAUUAGAUCAUAAUGCAUUGGCUGCGUUCACCUUAAUGGAGGCUGAUUAGCAACCUACAUUAGCCACAUCCACAAUAAGCUACUCGAACUAAUUAUAGGCUUUCAAAUAUCAUGGCUUUCAAUAGGUUCGCGCCGUCAAGAAGGCCCUCCCUACCAUGCUUUCAUCGUCACGGCUGUUUACGUUUUACAAGACUCAGGCCUACAAAUAUGUAGCCUAUACAAAGUUGGUUGCUUGUCCAACAUUCUCAUUAUUGAUAAGACUUUGUUGUUCUUCUCCUUAUCAUUAAGAUAGUCCUCUACUGCAUAGACCAUACUCUGCCAACAGCAUGCUAUUUACCCAUCAAGCUUUUGAAUGGGGAGCUAGUAUAUUUGUAAGAAGCAAUUCAUCAUGCAGCCUAGGUAUGUUCUGUAUAGCACACAAGAAGGUGGGGAUGUUGGCUUCAGAGGGUUAACACUGUGAGUCAGCAUAUUGUGUGUGUUAAAAAAAAAGCUAUUCAUCCUUUUUUUGCAGGAGAGACCUUGCCCCUGGCGACAUCAAACCAAAUUAUGGUACGAUUCACUGCAAAGAAUGGUCCUUCCGCCAGGGGUUUCCACUUUGUUUACCAAGGUAUGUUUACAUACUGUAUGAACAGGUAAUAUGUUGGAAUAUAUACGCACUCGGGUCACAUGCAUGACCCUUCCUCACUGUUCUUACCCCUGUGGCAGUAGGUGUGUUUCUGAGGGUCCUGGAGGCCUCCUGAAGCCCUCCCUCCCCAGGCACCAGAGGGUCUUAUCUAUCCAUGUUAUGGUUGUCAGGCUGUUCAGGGGGUUGCCGGUAUCUCUCUGGCCCCAUGGGAGCCUAGGGUGCCAGUACUCUAAUCAUUAUACCUGCGCAAGGCAUGUCAUGGUAAAAGGGAUUUCUAGCUGUAUUAGUAGGCAAUGAGCAGAAGAGCUCAUACAGAUACAGUAUAGAACAGUAUGUUGAAAGUGUCAUAUCCAAUAUUUAAGGACUCUCUCUCUCUUGCAUAAUCAAUAUAAAAUGUCACACAUGAAUAUAUAAAAUAUAAACCCACAUGUUUUAUAAAACGUUUCCAGGAUGGCAGAGUAUGAUUUGUCUUAUUUCUUUCUUAACUCAAUCCUUUCGGAUUCCUUAAAUCCAAUGAUGCCUUUGGCUUUUAUCAUCGAGGUGUCAUGUCUGCUUUAUUUUAGUGUCAUUUAAAGGUUCUCUCUCAUGUAGAUAAUAGCUCACCUCAGGACACAUCAAGCAUUUUCUCUCUCUGUCAAAAUUGUUAUAAAUAAUCUGUGUGAAUUACAUGAAUUUUUACUGUCAGCUGCCUUGUAAAAAUGGAUCAUCUCAAAUCGUGAUCUUUGGUGAAGGAAGUUGAGCACACAUACAGUACAGUGCUCACCAGACUGUGGGGAUGGAAGGGUUUUUAAAAUACUCCCUGACAGUUAGGCUAGUUUGUUUGGUACUUGGAGGUAUCCAAGAUUGCAGAGCAUUCAUCCGCUCUGGUACAGAUUUAGAAAUAUCAGACACAAUCCCUCCCAGCCCAACAGUAAAGGCCUCCAUAUUGCACCAAGGUAUACUACAGAGAUAUAAUAGUAUUUGAACCCUUACCCACCCCCCAAAAAAACCACACAUAUGAAAUCUGCAGUUUCACAUGGGAAAAACACAUUUUGUUGAGCUUAAAUUUCACACGUGAAAACUAUAUUUUCACAUGUAUUACAUUUAGAGUUCACAUGUUAACAUCACCUUUUCACAUGUGAGGAGAAUAACAUGUUUUCACCUAACAUGUGAAUUGCAGUUUCACAUGUGAAAUUUGCGGUUUCCUGUGUUAAAAACUUUCACGUGAAAAUCGGAUAUGUAGUUUCACAUGUGAAAAAACAUUCCCAUGUGAAAAACAUUCACGUCUGUCAGAGAACAGGGGACAAGGGCAUGCAUGCAGUGGUACAUCAUGUUUUGAUGGACUGUAGUACAGGUUGUUCCCAGUCAUAUAUAUAUAUAUAUGGGGUUUCAUUGUCAUCUUCCAUGCCUUGGUGUCCUGAGAGGGUUCAUGGUUGAAUAACAAAGUGUUUCACUUCAGCAUGCAUUAGCCACUAGUAUGGCUGAUGAUACAUUGAGAUCAUUCUAAAGGUCUCAUAUGUCCAUAAUGACAAAUCAUAUAUUCCUACCACAUUGUAUUGCAAUUUUCCUGUGAGCUUUAGGCGAAGUGUUAACCCAUCUAGGUGUUAAAAACACUGGGUACUCUUUUCUUUGUAGCUGUUCCUCGCACCAGUGACACGCAGUGCAGCUCUGUCCCAGAGCCGCGCUACGGUAGACGGAUUGGGUCCGAGUUCUCCACUGGCUCCGUUGUUCGCUUUGAGUGCAACCCUGGGUAUCUGCUACAGGGAUCCAAAGCCAUCAAAUGCAAUGUGGUCCCCAAUGCGCUAGCCCAGUGGAAUGAUACUGUGCCCGCUUGUGCUGGUAAGCCUCCUCAAAUCAGUCACAUUUGUGGAGAUUGAUUUAAAGAUGGAUAAAUGUUUUUGUAAAAUGGAAACUCCACCACUUUUUAACCUGAUAUUUUCAACAGCACCAUACUGGAGUCUACAUAUGUGAAAACAGCGCAUUUCCACGAUCUGCCGUUAAAAUAAACGUUUUUACUUUAGAUAUGUUUUACGACAAAACGUAGGAAUGCACCGUUUUUACAUAUGUAGACAUUGGUAUGGUGCUGAGAUAAUGAAUAUGAGGUUGAAAUGUGGUGGAAUUGCCCUUUAAGAACACACUGUGAGUAGAACAUCUAAUAGAUAUGUCAUCCUUUUUUACAUUGGUAAGUUACCAUAAACACCACACACAUACCACGAUAUUGGGAAGUGAGAUGAUUCUUUAGUCACAAUAAUGUUCUAUAUAGAAUUAUAAACUGGGUGGUUCGAGCCCUGAAUGCUGAUUGGCUGACAGCUGUGGUAUAUCAGACCAUAUACCACGGGUAUGACAAAAAAAAUGUUUUACUGCUCUAAUUACAUUGGUAACCAGUUUAUAAUAGCAAUAAGGCACCUCGGGCGUUUGUGGUAUAUGGCCAAUAUACCACGGCUAAGGGCUAUAUCCAGGCACUCCGUGUUGCGUCGUGCAUAAGAACAGCCCUUAUCUGUGUAUAUUGGCCAUAUACCACACCUCCUCUGGCCUUAUUGCUUUAAUGACUUAUGUCAAAUUUCCCCUCUGUGUCUUGACUCACCAUGGCUACAGGAACCUGGCAUGUGCCCCAUUCAGUGUGACUGUAAUUUCCCCUCUGUGUCUUGACUCACCAUGGCUACAGGAACCUGGCAUGUGCCCCAUUCAGUGUGACUCUAAUUUCCCCUCUGUGUCUUGACUCACCAUGGCUACAGGAACCUGGCAUGUGCCCCAUUCAGUGUGACUCUAAUUUCCCCUCUGUGUCUUGACUCACCAUGGCUACAGGAACCUGGCAUGUGCCCCAUUCAGUGUGACUCUAAUUUCCCCUCUGUGUCUUGACUCACCAUGGCUACAGGAACCUGGCAUGUGCCCCAUUCAGUGUGACUCUAAUUUCCCCUCUGUGUCUUGACUCACCAUGGCUACAGGAACCUGGCAUGUGCCCCAUUCAGUGUGACUCUAAUUUCCCCUCUGUGUCUUGACUCACCAUGGCUACAGGAACCUGGCAUGUGCCCCAUUCAGUGUGACUGUAAUUUCCCCUCUGUUUCACUCCCCAGUUCCAUGCAGCGGUAAUCUGACAGAGAGAAGAGGCACCAUCCUCUCCCCCGGAUUCCCAGAGCCCUAUGGGAACAGCUUGAACUGCGUGUGGAAAAUCAUUGUCACCGAAGGCGCUGGGAUUCAGGCAAGUACAAAGGGGGCAGGUCUGAACUCAUCAAAAGCAAUAAGCUACACCGACAGACAGAGAAGAGAGGGAAAGAUGUAUUUUUGAGUGACAGGAUGUAGCACAUUUUAACCGACAGUCAUCCUACUGAGAAGAAAAGAAAAUCAGACGGUUUAAAUUAGACCCGCUGCCAGCAGAAGUAGUUUUAAAGCACAUAAAAAACAGCUGCAGUCUUAUUGCUGUUGAUCGUGCCCUAACAACUCGUUUUUUUAAAUAGUUCUUACAAAAGCACAGUAUAAAACCUGUUUCUAAGUCUGUAGCAGGAAAGAAAGCUUCCCUCAGUAACAAACACCAAGUAUCUCAUCUAACCAUUAAAAAUACUUGUCCUUUAAGAGAGAUGGCAUGUACAUUAUUUUUGUCACUCUAUUUACUUAUUUUUUUAUUUUGCAGAUUCAAGUAAUGAGCUUCGCCACCGAGCAUAAUUGGGAUUCCUUGGAAAUCUAUGAUGGAGGGGACAUGACAGCUCCUAAACUUGGAAGCUUUUCAGGUGGGAAUUGGAUUACUUAAUCAUGUAUGGAACCACACGUUUCCCCUUGAGAGAUCAUAUCUGUGUGCAAUAUAAUACUUAUUGCGAAUUAGGUUUUGUGUGUUUUACAGAAUUCUUACAGGCCUAUUAUUUUGAAGACUACAAUAAAAAUGAAACCCACUCAUGUUAUGUUCCGUAAUUUUUCUAGGGGACUGAACAUUGAUCAUGGGUCCAAUACUUUUCUCUGCCAUCUUUUACACAGCAGACCAAAGUCUCUAUCGCCAUGUUGGAUGACUCACAGUAUUAGCUCCAGAGACCUUUUGAGAUCCAGUUGGCAGCCAUCUUGGCCUUCGUUGCCUCCCAGUUAAUCCUAGUAACAGCAUUUCCGCAACUGAACAGCUGUGUCUGCUAUCUAAUGAAGAUGUUGAAUGCUAUGGCUGCAUUAGGCAUGAUCAGUGAUACGUAUGGGCACAUUCCAUCGCUUCCCCUGUAUGACAAAUGUGUGGGUUUAUCAAUCUUGAGUAGAUCCAUUAGGUCAUAACUUCCAGUAUGUGUACAUCAUUUUAAAUUAGUCAGUAAGCAAGGUCAGUUGGAGAAGAAGGUACCGACGGACAUGUACAUUGGGGAAAUGUGGUAACUCCUCCAUAGGAAUGAAUGGAAUUCUGCAGGAUUUCAAUUCAAUGUUUCAAGAACAAAAUGACAUGGAUAUACAGUGGGGAGAACAAGUAUUUGAUACACUGCCGAUUUUGCAGGUUUUCCUACUUACAAAGCAUGUAGAGGUCUGUAAUUUUUAUCAUAGGUACACUUCAACUGUGAGAGACGGAAUCUAAAACAAAAAUCCAGGAAAUCACAUUGUAUGAUUUUUAAGUAAUUAAUUUGCAUUUUAUUGCAUGACAUAAGUAUUUGAUACAUCAGAAAAGCAGAACUUAAUAUUUGGUACAGAAACCUUUGUUUGCAAUUACAGAGAUCAUACAUUUCCUGUAGGUCUAGACCAGGUUUGCGCACACUGCAGCAGGGAUUUUGACAUGGAUGUAUGUAUUGUUGUUGUUGUAGUGGGGACAGUAACAUUAGUACUUUCUAAAAAGCAUUCUUUAAGGAAAAUGUUUUUUUGGUAUAUAUUCAUGUUUAGCUCACAUAAUAUAAUGUAAAAGUAUGCAUUAAGGUGUCUGUAAUAGAAUAAACCUGGCAAAAACAAAUGUAGACAUUAAUAAAUGCAUUUCUAUAGCUUCCAAAAUAUGUUCUACAAUGUUGGGGGAGUGCCAAGAUGGAGGCGCGGCGACUUCAAAACAGCGCCCCUGUCAGCCAUCUAAUGUACAGUGGGGAAAAAAAGUAUUUAGUCAGCCACCAAUUGUGCAAGUUCUCCCACUUAAAAAGAUGAGAGAGGCCUGUAAUUUUCAUCAUAGGUACACGUCAACUAUGACAGACAAAAUGAGAAAAAAAAAUCCAGAAAAUCACUUUGUAGGAUUUUUAAUGAAUUUAUUGGCAAAUGAUGGUGGAAAAUAAGUAUUUGGUCAAUAACAAAAGUUUCUCAAUACUUUGUUAUAUACCCUUUGUUGGCAAUGACACAGGUCAAACGUUUUCUGUAAGUCUUCACAAGGUUUUCACACACUGUUGCUUGUAUUUUGGCCCAUUCCUCCAUGCAGAUCUCCUCUAGAGCAGUGAUGUUUUGGGGCUGUCGCUGGGCAACACAGACUUUCAACUCCCUCCAAAGAUUUUCUAUGGGGUUGAGAUCUGGAGACUGGCUAGGCCACUCCAGGACCUUGAAAUGCUUCUUACGAAGCCACUCCUUCGUUGCCCGGGCGGUGUGUUUGGGAUCAUUGUCAUGCUGAAAGACCCAGCCACGUUUCAUCUUCAAUGCCCUUGCUGAUGGAAGGAGGUUUUCACUCAAAAUCUCACGAUACAUGGCCCCAUUCAUUCUUUCCUUUACACGGAUCAGUCGUCCUGGUCCCUUUGCAGAAAAACAGCCCAAAAGCAUGAUGUUUCCACCCCCAUGCUUCACAGUAGGUAUGGUGUUCUUUGGAUGCAACUCAGCAUUCUUUGUCCUCCAAACAUGACGAGUUGAGUUUUUACCAAAAAGUUAUAUUUUGGUUUCAUCUGACCAGAUGACAUUCUCCCAAUCCUCUUCUGGAUCAUCCAAAUGCACUUCAGACGGGCCUGGACAUGUACUGGCUUAAGCAGGGGGACACGUCUCGCACUGCACGAUAUGAGUCCCUGGCGGCGUAGUGUGUUACUGAUGGUAGGCUUUGUUACUUUGGUCCCAGCUCUCUGCAGGUCAUUCACUAGGUCCCCCCGUGUGGUUCUGGGAUUUUUGCUCACCGUUCUUGUGAUCAUUUUGACCCCACGGGGUGAGAUCUUGCGUGGAGCCCCAGAUUGAGGGAGAUUAUCAGUGGUCUUGUAUGUCUUCCAUUUCCUAAUAAUUGCUCCCACAGUUGAUUUCUUCAAACCAAGCUGCUUACCUAUUGCAGAUUCAGUCUUCCCAGCCUGGUGCAAGUCUACAAUUUUGUUUCUGGUGUCCUUUGACAGCUCUUUGGUCUUGGCCAUUGUGGAGUUUGGAGUGUGACUGUUUGAGGUUGUGGACAGGUGUCUUUUAUACUGAUAACAAGUUCAAACAGGUGCCAUUAAUACAGGUAACGAGUGGAGGACAGAGGAGCCUCUUAAAGAAGAAGUUACAGGUCUGUGAGAGCCAAAAAUCUUGCUUGUUUGUAGGUGACCAAAUACUUAUUUUCCACCAUAAUUUGCAAAUAAAUUCAUUAAAAAUCCUACAAUGGGAUUUUCUGGAUUUUUUUUUCUCAAUUUGUCUGUCAUAGUUGACGUGUACCUAUGAUGAAAAUUACAGGCCUCUCUCAUCUUUUUAAGUGGGAGAACUUGCACAAUUGGUGGCUGACUAAAUACUUUUUUCCCCCACUGUAUAUAUAAAUCAUUGGGUGCAUCAGUGGGUGGAGGGUGUCUUAACUUGCGUCUGUCCUCCUUUAUAUAACCUGAUUAUGCUAAAUGCCAACUGAUAGGUGUUAGCUGUGUGGGAGUGUUAAACUGUGGGGGAUUUCCGUGGCAGGUUAUGUUGUCAAGCCUUCCCAUCUGUGGUAUUUUAGGAUGUCCUCCUGUGGGUCAAAACUACACAUCCUUUAUGUUACAAAAUAAAGAUGUGAGAAUGGACACAUCUGUUACACACACCAACACAGUCGUGAAGAGGGCAUGGCAACGCCUCUUCUCCCUCAGGUGGCUGAAAAGAUUUGGCAUAGGCCCUCAGAUCCUCAAAAAACUCUACAGCUGCACCAUUGAGAGCAUCUUGACUGGCUGCAUCACCGCUUGGUAUGGAAACUGCUCGGCAUCCGACCGCAAGGCGCUACAGAGGAUAGUGCGUACAGCCCAGUACAUCACUUGGGCCGAGCUCCCUGCCAUCCAGGACCUCUAUACCAGGCGGUGUCAGAGGAAGGCCCUAAAAAUUGUCAAAGACUCCAGUCACCCAAGUCAUAGACUGUUCUCUCUGCUACCGAUGCACCAAGGACCCUGAACAGCUUCUACCCCCAAGCCAUUAGACGGAUAAAUAGUUAGUUAAAUAGUUAACCAAAUAGCUGUCCGGACUAUCUGCAUUGACCCUUUCUGCACUAACUUCUUUUGACUCAUCACAUACGCUGCUGCUACUAUUUAUUAUCUAUCCUGUUGCCUAGUCACUUUAUUCCUAGUUAUAUGUACAUAUCUACCUCAAUUACCUCGUACCCCUGCACACCGACUCGAUACUGGUACCCCGUGUAUAUAGCCAAGUUAUCAUUACUCAUUGUGUAUUUAUUAUUACUUUUAUUAUUACGUGUUUUACUUUUCUAUUAUUUCACUGUUUUCUUUCUCUCUGCAUCAUUGGGAAGGGCCCGUAAGUAUGCGUUUCACUGUUAGUCUACACCUGUUGUUUACGAAGCAUGUGACGAAUAACAUUUGAUUUGAUUUGAUUACCAUGGUCUCUCCAGCAGGAGGGAAUCUCCUGCAGCGGGAAAGGGGGAUUAACCUUUUUUGUGCCUCCCAAUGGAGAUACGUGUGGCCAUGCCCCGAGCAAUGCCUUCUACAAGCCUGUAAUGAACUCAGCUAGUGUCAUAACAACAGGCUUAGAAAAGGUCAGGCAACUAGGGAGUCAUGUGGCUUUAAGGCAAAAUGUCUAUGCUAAGAUAUCAUUCUGAAUGUAUUGGUUCACCGCCGCUUCACUCCUCUAAGCCAAGGCUUUAAAUGCAACAAAAAAAAGGUUGUCUAAGCCAUCUAGUGAAUAAAUAAAUAAUUAUGUCAGAGAACACUAGGUGAUGGUUGUGUAUGACUCAUUGACCCUAAAGGAAAAUGCAAUGGUUAUUUGCCUCCAUUUUGAGCUGGGUUGUCCAAAUGGCACAGGCACUGAGUCAUCUUUAACAUUGGUGAAAUGUCUCCAAAUCAGCAAUCAGUGACAUUAGGAGGGAAUAAGAAAGAGGGGAGGGGUGAAGGACAUAUGGUGUGCGGUGGCACGUUAAGAUGCACGGUUUCCCCUUCAUCGUUGUGUGGUCCGCCUUUACAUCCUUGACAUCCUCACCAUUACAAUCAGUCUUUUUAUUCUUCUUUUAGUAACAAAUCUAUUAGGAUAAUUCUCUUAAUUAAACUGUCGGAAAUGCUUUGUGUUCUCUGUCUCCCUCCUUUUUGCAUGAUGUAUCAUACAGGAUUAAUCACACUUCAUCAAAUACCAAUUAAAUUACAAUUGAAUGAGGCUUAUCUUUUUUGUUUACCACUAUCCCCUAUUACCACUAUUAACAGUAGAGUGUGCAAAUGAGGAGUAUAUGCUGUUGAGAAAACGGUAAAUGUGAUAUUUGUUGAAAAAGUUAACUUACUGUAGCUGCUGUUGUUGCAUAGUUUGGUAUUCCUUGGCUGGAAAAUUGAUUUCAGAUUGUGGCUUUAUUGACUUUUGCCAUGAAUACUUACAUUUGAAGCAUGAUUCAUUUGUGAUCGAUGGAAAUAUUUCCAUCGAUCACAAAUUAAUCAUACUUCAAAUGUAAGUAUUCACGACAAAAGUAAUUAAAGCCACAAUCUGAAAUACAUUUUAUAGGACUCCAAAGAUCAAAUCAAGUUGUAUUUGUCACUUCAUAAACAACAGGUGUAGACUAACAGUGAAAUACUUACUUACGGGCCCUUCCCAACAAUACAGAGAGAAAAAAUAGAAAUAAUAUGAAAAUAAUAACACAAGGAAUAAAUACACAAUAGCUUGGCUAUAUACACGGGGUACCAGUACCGAGUCGAUGUGCAGGGGCACGAGGUCAUUGAGGUAGACAUGUACAUAUACUAUAAGCAGGGAUAAAGUGAUUAGGCAACAGGACAGAGAAUAAACAGUAGCAUCAGCGUACUGUAUGUGAUGAGUUAAAAGGGUCAAUGCAGAUAGCCUGUGUAGUUGCUCAUUUACUGUUGCCGUCGCUCGAUAGCGACAGUUUAUUUCUCUAUACCUCUCUCAAUCUGGGGCCAUUGUGGCUAUUGAUGGGGUUUUGCUUCAUCAUGUUUAGAAAUGAAUGCCAAAUGGUUAAUGUAAAAAAAAACAUAAUGGUAAAUUGUAUUUCAAGAUUGGUUUUCCAUCAUUACAAAAAUCAAAUUACCCUGCUUCCUGGCUGAAAGUUCACAUCAAGAAUUUCUUAAAUCAUAACAAGGUUCUAGACUCCCUAAUCAAACUAAAUGUGCCAGAUUCAAUCCCGCAAAGUGCAUUUUAAGCUCAUCUGUGACUUAUCUGACAAGCUCUGGAAACACUGGAGUUGCCCGUCUCACUAAUAGAGAUGAUGGACCUCUGAAUAGCUGGACAACGGAUGAGCUUUACAGAGCUGUCAAACUUAAUCCAGAAAUUAUUAGUCAAGUCAUUCAAGCGUAAAGGUGCAUUUUACAGACCACAAUCAUCAGCAUAAUGCACUCAGACAAUUUUAUGCCCGCCCGUUCUUCUACUGCCAUGCUGUGCUGGAUCCCAUAACAUUACAGAAACCCAUUGCAAAGUGGGUAGCUCACUGACAUGAUUUGCAGGUGAACAUACUGUAUCUUAAUAUCUUUCAAGUCAGUAUUUUGCAGGAGAGCUUUAGUCAUUUCAUCAGAGUUAUUCAUGUGAUUGAUUAUAAACGUGUCGUUUGUGUUAAGUCAGUCAACGUUAUGUCAUGAAUGAGUGAAGGUUAUAUUGCUAUAUCAUAGCAUAGCUUUAAAACCUGUGAAGAUGGCUCGGAGGAUACACAUUUAAUAAUUGUAAUAAUAGGGUUGCAAAAUUCUGGAAACUUUCCACAGAUUUUUAGAAAUCCUGGUUGGAGGUUUCAGAUUUCCGGUUUAUUCCCUCCUGGUGCCAGGAAUUUUCAAACAAGGGUUUCUGGAAAACCUAGGAUUUUUGGAAACAUUACCAGGUUUUUGCAACUCUAUGUGUGACAUCGUUGAAGAGCAUAAAAAUACUAUGUCACAGAACUUGUGAGCUGGGGUUUGAACAUAAUAAUAUCCUGAAAAAUAGAAAAGCUGGUGUCUCAACAGAAUAUGUUACUGUAUCUUUAAUCUGCCUAGGGGAGUUUCAACAUUUCUUUAUUAAACUGACCAAUGCCCAAGACACAAUAGAUUUAUUGCUAUUAUAAAGUUUGACACAAGUGAUGAAUGACACUGUUUCAGGUUAUAUAACGGCACAUACACUCUUUUUCAACAGCAUGUUUGCUUUACUCAUAAUGAAAACUGUGUUCUGAUUUUCAGCAGCCUGAGCCAAAGCAUAUCGUCCAAAAACAUAGGGCAUCUACCACCCUGAUGGCUCCCUGUGAGCUCUGUAGACUUUCCCCUCUCAGUGGUGGUAUGGUUGACUGCCCCUUGGAAACCUUUGAUGAGAGCUCUCUCCUGGGAGCUCAGAUACUGAAGAACAGCAGAAACUUCAGUGACCAUUGUCUGUUAGACAUCAAAGCAUGUUUUUUAAUUCCCCUUCCCUCCUUUCACAUCUUUUCAUCUGGUUUAUAAAGGAUGAAACAUGUCCAUAGAAUAGUGAACAGCUGUACACCUUAUUCUGUUCUGGCCAUUGAUAUAAACUCUAGUCACUUGACGAACCAACCCUCAAGAGAACAUCCAUAUAUAUAAUCAGAAUUGCAAAUGGAACUUCUUUCAACAGUGAGAUGAAUGUAGAUGUCUCCUGUGUGAUGUAUUUCAGGUACAACCGCUCCAGCCUUGCUGAACAGUACCUCCAACCAACUCUACCUUCACUUCCAGAGUGAUAUCAGUGUUGUUGCUGCUGGAUUCCACCUUGAGUACAAAAGUGAGUACAGAGUGUGUCUCAUCAUGAAACUUUCAUUAUCUCCAUACCCUCUGACCCUGUGAAAAAAAAGGAAUCUACAAGAUUUUCACUCUCUCUCUUUCUCUCUUUCUGCUUCCUUGUUUAUAACAAGGAUGCAGUGGGUAUGUAGUGGCAUCACAUACAGUGCAGCUAAAAAUCAUGAUCAAAAGCACUCAACGGGGCGUUCUACUUUUGUAAUGUUAAAAAUGAAGCAGCUCUGGGUGAGGCAUGUGUAUUUUGACAUUUAAAAAGCUUUAGAAAAAUAACCAAAAGCUGUCAUCAUAGUUGACACUCAGUCCACCUGUCUUAUUAACUCACUACUGUAGCCUACUGAGUAAGAUCUGAUCUGAAUACAGUAAUUUGUCUAAGGGAAAAAAAUUGCCUUUGGAAAGGUUGUCAGCUUGCCUUUGGAUGCUAUCUCGCUCACCUACUUUCACUAGCACAACAAAAGACAGUAGACCAAUGAAUUGCCCUCUCUUGAAUCAAUACUGUACUGUAUAAACCUAUGUGCUUUAGUAGGGUCCAAUAACACAUAAUGUACAUAAUUGAUUAGUUUCAGGAAAUUAGGCAUAUGUCGACUUCACUUCUUCACAGGAGAGGCAUUUGAACGUAAACAUAAAUGUUUUAUCAAAAUGUGUUUUUUGGGGGCGGAAAUCCCUUCUGGAACAUGUGAACUUUAAUGUGCCUUAAUAACAGACUUGUAUUCCAUCUGUAAAUUUGAAUAAAAUAGUUCAAUUACAAGCCUAGUAGGUUUAGCCACGGAAAAAGACAGGAACCUUCCCGCUAGCCAUGAUUGGCUGAGAUAAUGGAUGGGCUGGACAUGCCGGGAGAUGAGUUUGGAUUGAUCUGUAGCAUGCUAUGUGCACAAAUCAUUAAGAUGCGUGUCAUGGCUUUGAUGUCAGGAAGAUUUAAACAACAAACUUACAACAUUAGCAUAAAUUGUUCAACAAGUACAGCAUAAUUCACUGACAUGACAACAAUAAUUAUGUUAACCCAAAAAUAAAUACAAAGGAAACUGUCUGAUAAAAUCCAAUUUCUCUACCUUUUACCACUGUCUCUUACAUGGGUUGGAGCCUGAUGGGAAUUCCUCUUUUCAAUUCUGAAAUGGGCUCCCAAACUGUGCUGUGUGGACACUGAUAGCAUCAGAGAUCAUCUGUCUCUGUGGCUGCUUGCCUCAUCUGGCUCUGUCUCAACAGAAGAAACAGUGCCCUUUAGCUGCCGUGGACAGUCCUGAUGUAAACCAUUUCACCUUAUUCAUUCUUAACACCUCAACGUCCUCUGCCACUAUCUCCAAGGCCUCUCGUUGAGGAUCCCAAUUCGUCUAUUUCCCCUCUCUCAGCCCACUUAGAAGUUUAUCCCCCAUGUGCAGCCUAUGUGCUAUGUGAUUGUCACGGACGUUGAAGGACGGGUCAGUCCAAGGCGCAGCGUGAAAUGCAUACAUGUUUAUUAUAUAAACUAAACACACGAACAACGUAACGUGAGGCUAAACACAAUACAAGCCUCCACACGGAACAAGAUCCCACAACUAAUGAUGCCAACAGGCUGCCUAAGUAUGAUCCCCAAUCAGAGACAACAAGCGACAGCUGCCUCUGAUUGGGAAUCACACCCGGCCAAACAUAGAAAUACAACACCUAGAAUGAGAACAUAGAAAUAACAACAUAGAACUCCACACCCUGACUCAACAUACUAGAGUCCCAUAAGUCAGGGCGUGACAGUGAUACGGCAGGGCUGUUCUUAUGGCGGCCCGCGGGCCAGAUCCGGCCCAUUUAUUAAUCCCUUUCAUCAAUUCUGAACAUUAAUAAAUGAUCUGCAAAAAAAUCCCUGCCAAAAUCCGGCUUUCAGUGUCAAAACACUCACACAUUACAUACGCUCACAUGCACAAAACACACACACACACACACAUGCAUAUUGACGCCACACAUAGACACACGUUCACAAUCUUCACAUCUGCCGCUGCUACUCUGUUUAUUAUAUACCCUGAUUGCCUAGUAACCUACCCACAUGUACAUAUUACCUCAAUUACCUCAACUACCUCAUACCCCUGCACAUUGACUCGGUACCCCUUGUAUAUAGUCGUUAUUGUAUUGUGUUACUAUUUCCUUUUUUUCUUAUUUGCAAUUUUUUUUACACUUUUUAACUCUGCGUUGUUGGGAAAGGGCUCGUAAGUAAGCAUUUCACAGUAAAGUCUGCACCUAUUGUAGUCGGUCCAUGUGACAAAUACAAUACACUAUGGUGGUUGUCUAAAGUGUGGUUUCUAGCAGUUUCUAGCAGUUUUUUUGCUGUUUCUAGCGCCUAUGUGGCAUGUUAAUCAUGUGUUCUUCAUAUGAAUUUGGCUCUAGCGUUUAAACGGUUUAAGCUACAAAAUAUUAUGACCUCAUUCCUAAAAGCUACGAAUCUCAGGAACACGUACCUGCCUUCUGUUUCCCUGCUUUUUUAUACAGUUCUUCCAAAGCAUGUGGAAAAUGUCCCCCUGCAAUGAAACUUGUAUACAUCUGGCCCCCGUAAGAAUAUAGUUGAAUAGCCCUGUGAUCCUGGGAUCUAAACAGGAAACAUACCAACGUUUUUUAAUCAGUCUCUUAUCUUGAUUAGAGAUAGAUGAUUUAUCUCACCGCGGCAUGAAGAGGAUAUAUUUAACACAGGGCAUGACUCCUUCUGGUCACUACACACCCCACAACACAACCAUACAUGCUAGAUUAGGCGUGUUAACCCUGGAGUCCUGGCUCAAUUGCCACCCUGGAACCUCCUUAAUACAAUCAUGGCAACGGCAACCUAAUCAUCCCUAGCUUUGAAUUGUCUCGUUUAACCCUUCGCCUCUCCAUAGCAACACUUCCCUUUCCAUGUCGCUGUUGUAAAUGAGAAUGUCUCCUCAAUCAACCGAUCUGUUCAAAUAAAGCUAAAACAUGGCAGAGUCGGCAGGUUCAGACCAGGGAGGCUUGAGGACAUGUUGAGCAGAAAAUCUCAGAUGGCCCUUACUAAUAGAUUUUGGACAAAACUGAGACAUGCUGAGAAUGUCAGGACAAUUUAGUAUGUAUUCUUUGCCAAUUUUCUUCAAUAUUAAUACACAUCAUUGGCAGGAUGUGUUCCUGGAAGCGUUAUGCCUGCUAUAGCCAUGCCAUUUCUGCAGUGUUAUGCAGAAUAGGGGAGAGCCAGUGUUUGUAAAGGACAUCAACUGUAUAAUUAAGCAAUAAGGCAUGAGGAGGUGUUAUAUGCAGUGUUGUAAAGUACUUAAGUAAAAAUACUUUAAAGUACUACUUAAGUAGUUUUUUGGGGUAUCUGUACUUUACUAUUUAUAUUUUUGCCAACUUUUACUUUUACUUCACUACAUUCCUAAAGAUAAUGAUGUACAGUCGUGGUCAAAAGUUUUGAGAAUGACACAAAUACUAAUUUUCACAAAGUCUGCUGCCUCAGUUUUGAUGAUGGCAAUUUGCAUAUACUCCAGAAUGUCAUGAAGAGUGAUCAAAUGAAUUGCAAUUAUUUGCAGUCCCUCUUUGCCAUGAAAAUGAACUUAAUCCCCAAAAAACAUUUCCACUGCAUUUCAGCCCUGCCACAAAAGGACCAGCUGCCAUCAUGUCAGUGAUUAUUUCGUUAACACAGGUGAGAGUGUUGAUGAGGACAAGGCUGGAGAUCACUCUGUCAUGCUGAUUGAGUUAGAAUAACAGACUGGAAGCUUUAAAAUGAGGGUGGUGCUUGAAAUCAUGUUCUACCUCUGUUAACCAUGGUUACCUGCAAGGAAACACGUGCCGUCAUCAUUGCUUUGCACAAAAAGUGCUUCACAGGCAAGGAUAUUGCUGCUAAUAAGAUUGCACCUAAAUCAACCAUUUAUCGGAUCAUCAAAAACUUCAAGGAGAGAGGUUCAAUUGUUGUGAAGAAGGCAUCAGGGCGCCCAAGAAAGUCCAGCAAGCGCCAGGACCGUCUCCUAAAGUUGAUUCAGAUGCGGGAUCGGGGCACCACCAGUGCAGAGCUUGCUCAGGAAUGGCAGCAGGCAGGUGUGAGUGCAUCUGCACACAGAGUGAGGCAAAAUACAUUUGGAGGAUGGCCUGGUGUCAAGAAGUACAGCAAAGAAGCCACUUCUCUCCAGGAAAAACAUCAGGGACAGACUGAUAUUCUGCAAAAGGUACAGGGAUUGGACUGCUGAGGAAUGGGAAAGUAAUUUUCUCUGAUGAAUCCCUUUCCGAUUGUUUGGGGCAUCCGGAAAACACCUUGUCCGGAGAAGACAAGGUGAGCGCUACCAUCAGUCCUGUGUUAUGCCAACAGUAAAGCAUCCUGAGACCAUUCAUGUGUGGGGUUGCUUCUCAGCCAAGGGAGUGGGCUCACUCAAAAUUUUGCCUAAGAACACAGCCAUGAAUAAAGAAUGGUACCAACACAUCCUCCGAGAGCAACUUCUCCCAACCAUCCAAGAACAGUUUGGUGACGACCAAUGCCUUUUCCAGCAUGAUGGAGCACCUUGCCAUAAGGCAAAAGUGAUAACUAAGUGGCUCGGAGAACAAAACAUCGACAUUUUGGGUCCAUGGCCAGGAAACUCCCCAGACCUUAAUCCCAUUGAGAACUUGUGGUCGAUCCUCAAGAGGCGGGUGGACAAACAAAACCACACAAAUUCUGACAAAACUCCAAGCAUUGAUUAUGCAAGAAUGGGCUGCCAUCAGUCAGGAUGUGGCCCAAAAGUUAAUUGAUAGCAUGCCAAGGCGGAUUGCAGAGGUCUUGAAAAAUAAGGGUCAACACUGCAAAUAUUGACUCUUUGCAUAAACUUAAUGUAAUUGUCAAUAAAAGCCUUUGACACUUAUGGAAUGCUUGUAAUUAUACUUCAGUAUACCAUAGUAACAUCUGACAAAUAUAUCUCAUAACACUGCAGCAGCGAACUUUGUGAAGACCAAUACUUGUGUCAUUCUCAAAACUUUUGACCACGACUGUACUUUUUACUCCAUACAUUUUCCCUGGCACCCAAAAGUACUCAUUACAUUUUGACAGGAAAAUGGUUCAAUUCACACACUUAUCAAGAGAACAUCCCUGGUCAUUCCUACAGCCUCUGAUCUGGCGGACUCAUUAAACACAAAUGCUUUGUUUGUAAAUGAUGUCUGGGUUUUGGAGCGUGCCCCUGGCUAUCCAUCAUAAAAAUACAGUUAAAAUGGUGCCGUCUGGUUUGCUUAAUAUAAGGAAUUUGAAAUUAUUUAUACUUUUACUUUUACUUUUGAUACUUAAGUAUAUUUAAAACCAAAUACUUUUAGACUUUUACUCAAGUAGUAUUUUACUGGGUGACUUUCACUUUUACUUGAGUCAUUUUCUAUUAAGGUAUCUUUACUUUUACUCAAGUAUGACAAUUUAGUACUUUUUCCACCACUGGGUAUAUGGCCAAUAUACCAUGGCUAAGAACUGUUCUUAGGCACGAUGCAACGCGAAGUGCCUGGAUACAGCCCUUAGCCGUGGUAUUUUGGCCAUAUACCACAAACCCCCGAGGUACCUUAUUGCUAUUAUAAACUGGUUACCAACGUAAUUAGAGCAGUAAAAAUACAUGUUUUGUCAUACCUGUGGUAUAUGGUCUGAUAUACCACAGCUGUCAGCCAAUCAGCAUUCAGGGCUCGAACCACCCAGUUUAUAAUACAUUUUUACCUAGAGCUACAUGUACUGUAAAAGUAGAUAUCAUUAAAAAAGAAUAGCUUUGUGACUUUCUGUCAGAACGAGAGGAGCUUGUUAUAUUUGCAUAGAGAUGGUUGUCAUUGACUUUUAGGUUUAUCCUGAAUGUUUAGCAUCGGAUGACUGUGGCUGCAUCUUAAUGAUCCUAGACUGAAUCUGUCUUGUGCACGGUAGUUACGAAGUGCCAAAUCUAUAAUGAGAUUCAUGCCACGUGUUUUUAUCACACAUCAAGAUGCUGAAUUUGUUAGAGCUCGGGUGAGGAGACAAGUGUAUCAAAUGUUCGACUUUUUGGAUCUGAAUUCCUGCCUGGAUCAGUCCGUUGUGAUUGUAGAGAAAAUGUCAGAUUUUUUCCCUCAAGGGUUAUAAUUUAUCCUCUGAGAGUGAGACUAUGGCCAUGUGGCAUUUUAUUGAUUUAUUCAGCAGAAAAUCACUUCCAAUGGUUGGUAUGUGUAUUGUGAGUUUCAGCUAGAUGGAAUUGGAAUUCACAAGUGAAAUUGAUCUAAAUAAAUGUGUUAGUAGUUUGGUACAAGCCAGGGUUCUGAUGCCUUAGCAUUUAAAGAAAUGCCCAGUGUUCCUUUUGUGGUUCAUCGGUUUUUUACCAGCUGCAUACUGUACAUCUCGCCUCACUCCCUCCUGAACAGGAGUACAUGCUCCUUAGAAUCUAUUGAAAGUACCUUGCUCCGAAUUCUGCUGUGAAUUCUCCUUGAACCAAUGCCAAUGUUUAAUCUCCCUAGUCUCGCCCUAGCUGCCCACAGCCAUUUGGGCUUCCCUGUUUGAAACAGUCACCUACACAUUAGCAGUGUGUCAGUGUCUGUUGGCUUUUGUUGUGUUGGGUAAUGUAGGCAUCGCAGGUGAAAGUCCUUUGCUAUUGAUGGGUAGAAAAAUGAGAGAGUUUUACACACACUCACAACUGCACAGUGCUACCUGCUGAGUGGUGCAAUCCAAAUAAGACACAUUUAUACAGGAUCUCCUUUCAUUGGCAUGACGAAGGUGGUUGUCAUGGCAACAUUCUCUCUCACUGUCUCCUCCUGCAGUGUGUACAGUUUUAACCCACUGGAAGAUGUUUCCAAGAAAUGAGCAAAAUCACAAUGCAUAUUUAAAUAACACGGAUCAGUGGGUAUGCUAUUUUCAGAUUUUUUUUACAAUACUGUUUUAGCGUUCUAAAUGAAAAAGCAUAGAGACAAUGGUUACACACUACAGCACAAAAUACACUUAUAGCUUCAUGACGUUGUCAGUAUCCUGUGCCCCUGGGUACCCAACUGUAGUUAUGUAUCUGCAUGACCUUCCUACGACCGGGUUUAUAACCAUCCAAAUGACAAAUUAUUUAACUAUACAAAACUUAACAAACGUACAAAAAUUCUAUGUCAUCAUGACAAAAUCAAUAAUCAUCUUAUCUAUUUUAAUAGCUAUAGGCUAUACCAGAGCCUGUUGACAGCAUACAAUAAUCAUAUCCAAUUGGCUUUGCAAUACUCUCUGAUGUGUUUGCCUCUUGUUGCUCCAGCUUUGAUAAAUACUGUACUCUGAAACAUCAAAACAGGAUCACCAUACUGAGUAUUGAAGACCAAUCAUUCCUGUGAUGUGCAACAUCAAGUAUUUAUCUAAGCAGGCAUGAUGACACCUUUUUUCUCUUUAUGCUUCAUCCAGCCGUUGGUCUCACCACUUGUCCGGAGCCAAUGGUGCCUGCCAACGGGAUCAAAACAGCAGACAGGUACAUGGUCAAUGAGGUGGUGUCAUUCAGCUGUGAACCGGGAUACAUGCUGCAGGUGAGAGCCUUUUAGAGAAUCAUGUGUGCUAUAUUCCCACUGCUAUGUCAACGUGUUGCUAAGCUUUUCCCCUAAGUAAAUUUGUAAAGAUGUGUCCUGUGUCGCAUGUCUUGUAUGCAAGGUCAACUCAGCAACAGAGGCAAACUGUGAUUUGUCUUUGAGUUCAGUGUGCUGAGAGAGAAACCCCCUACCUUUACAUUAUAGAGAGAAACCACCUAACUAUACGUUAUAGAGAGAAACCACCUACCUUUACAGUACAUUAUAGAGAGAAACAUCCUACCUUUACAUUAUCGAGAGAAACCACCUACCUUUACAUUCUAGAGAGAAACCACCUAACUAUACAUUAUAGAGAGAAACCCCCCACCUUUACAGUGCAUUAUAGAGAAAAACCUCCUACCUUUACAUCUGAGAGAGAAACCCCCUACCUUUACAUUAUAGAGAGAAACCCCUACCUUUACAUUAGAGAGAGAAACCCCCUACCUUUACAUUAUAGAGAUAAACCCCCUACCUUUACACUAUAGAGAGAAACCACCUACCUAUACAUUAUAGAGAGAAACAUCCUACCUUUACAUCUGAGCGAGAAACCCCCUACCUUUACAUUAUAAAGAGAAACCCCUACCUUUAUAUUAUAGAGUGAAACCCCCUACCUUUACAUUAUAGAGUUAUAGAGAGAAAACCCCUACCUUUACACUAUAGGGACAAACCCCCUACCUUUACAUCUGAGAGAGAAACCCCCUACAUUUACAUUAUAGAGAGAAACCACCUACUUUUACAUUAUAGAGAGAAAACCCUUACCUUUACAUUAUAGAGAGAAACCCCCUACUUUUACAUUAUAGAGAGAAAACCCUUACCUUUACAUUUUAGAGAGAAAACCCCUACCUUUACAUACUAGAGAGAAAACCCUUACCUUUACAUUCUAGAGAGAAAACCCCUACUUUUACAUUAUAGAGAGAAACCCCCUACCUUUACAUUAGAGAGAGAAACCCCCUACCUUUACAUUAUAGAGAGAAACACCCUACCUUUACAUUAUGGAGAGAAACCCCCUACCUUUACACUAUAGAGAGAAACCCCCUACCUUUACAUUCUAGAGAGAAACCCAUUACCUUUACACUAUAGAGUUAUAGAGAGAACACCCCUACCUUUACACUAUAGGGAGAUACCCCCUACCUUUACACUAUAGGGAGAAACCCCUUACCUUUACAUCUGAGAGAGAAACCCCCUACCUUUACAUUAUAGAGAGAAAACCCUUACCUUUACAUUAUAGAGAGAACCCCCCUACUUUUACAUUAUAGAGAGAAACCCCUACCUUUACAUUAUAGAAAGAAACCCCCUACCUUUACAUCUGAGAGAGAAACCCCAUACCUUUACAUUAUAGAGAGAAACCACCUACUUUUACAUUAUAGAGAGAAAACCCUUACCUUUACAUUAUAGAGAGAAAUCCCCUACUUUUACAUUAUAGAGAGAAAACCCUUACCUUUACAUUUUAGAGAGAAAACCCCUACCUUUACAUACUAGAGAAAAAACCAUACCUUUACAUUCUAGAGAGAAAACCCCUACUUUUACAUUAUAGUGAGAAACACCCUACCUUUACAUUAGAGAGAGAAUCCCCCUUCCUUAACAUUAUAGAGAGAAACCCCCUACCUUUACAUUAUAGAGAGAAACCCCCUACCUUUACAUUAUAGAGAGAAACCACAUACCUUUACAUUAUAGAGAGAAAACCCCUACCUUUACAUUAUAGAGAGAAAACCCCUACUUUUACAUUAUAGAGAGAAAACCUGUACCUUUACAUUAGAGAGAGAAACCCCCUACCUUUACAUUCUAGAGAGAAAACCCCUACUUUUACAUUAUAGAGAGAAACCCCCUACCUUUACAUUAUAGAGAGAAACCCCUACCUUUACAUUAUAGAGAGAAACCCCCUACCUUUACAUCUGAGAGAGAAACCCCCUACCUUUACAUUAUAGAGUGAAACCCCCUACUUUUACAUUAUAGAGAGAAAUCCUUACCUUUACAUUAUAGAGAGAAACCCCCUACGUUUACAUUAUAGAGAGAAAAACCCUACUUUUACAUUAUAGAGAGAAAACCCUUACCUUUACAUUUUAGAGAGAAAACUCCUACCUUUACAUACUAGAGAGAAAACCCUUACCUUUACAUUUUAGAGAGAAAACCCCUACCUUUACAUACUAGAGAGAAAACCCUUACCUUUACAUUCUAGAGAGAAAACCCCUACUUUUACAUUAUAGAGAGAAACCCCUACCAUUACAUUAGAGAGAGAAACCCCCUACCUUUACGUUAUAGAGAGAAACACCCUACCUUUACAUUAUAGAGAGAAACCCCCUACCUUUACACUAUAGAGAGAAACCCCCUACCUUUAAAUAAUAGAGAUAAACCCCUUACCUUUACACUAUAGAGUUAUAGAGAGAAAACCCCUACCUUUACAUUAUAGAGAGAAACCCCUUACCUUUACAUUAUAGAGAGAAAACCCCUACCUUUACACUAUAGAGAGAAAACCCUUACCUUUACAUUUUAGAGAGAAAACUCCUACCUUUACAUACUAGAGAGAAAACCCUUACCUUUACAUUUUAGAGAGAAAACCCCUACCUUUACAUACUAGAGAGAAAACCCUUACCUUUACAUUCUAGAGAGAAAACCCCUACUUUUACAUUAUAGAGAGAAACCCCCUACCAUUACAUUAGAGAGAGAAACCCCCUACCUUUACGUUAUAGAGAGAAACACCCUACCUUUACAUUAUAGAGAGAAACCCCCUACCUUUACACUAUAGAGAGAAACCCCCUACCUUUACAUAAUAGAGAGAAACCCCUUACCUUUACACUAUAGAGUUAUAGAGAGAAAACCCCUACCUUUACAUUAUAGAGAGAAACCCCUUACCUUUACAUUAUAGAGAGAAAACCCCUACCUUUACACUAUAGAGAGAAACCCCCUACCUUUACAUUAUAGAGAGAAACCCAUUACCUUUACACUAUAGAGUUAUAGAGAGAAAACCCCUACCUUUACACUAUAGGGAGAAACCCCCUACCUUUACACUAUAGAGGGAAACCCCUUACCUUUACAUCUGAGAGAGAAACCCCCUACCUUUACAUUAUAGAGAGAAAACCCCUACCUUUACAUUAUAGAGAGAACCCCCCUACUUUUACAUUAUAGAGAGAAACCCCUACCUUUACAUUAUAGAAAGAAACCCCCUACCUUUACAUCUGAGAGAGAAACCCCAUACCUUUACAUUAUAGAGAGAAACCACCUACUUUUACAUUAUAGAGAGAAAACCCUUACCUUUACAUUAUAGAGAGAAAUCCCCUACUUUUACAUUAUAGAGAGAAAACCCUUACCUUUACAUUUUAGAGAGAAAACCCCUACCUUUACAUACUAGAGAAAAAACCAUACCUUUACAUUCUAGAGAGAAAACCCCUACUUUUACAUUAUAGAGAGAAACACCCUACCUUUACAUUAGAGAGAGAAUCCCCCUUCCUUAACAUUAUAGAGAGAAACCCCCUACCUUUACAUUAUAGAGAGAAACCCCCUACCUUUACAUUAUAGAGAGAAACCACAUACCUUUACAUUAUAGAGAGAAAACCCCUACCUUUACAUUAUAGAGAGAAAACCCCUACUUUUACAUUAUAGAGAGAAAACCUGUACCUUUACAUUAGAGAGAGAAACCCCCUACCUUUACACACUAGAGAGAAAACCCUUACCUUUACAUUCUAGAGAGAAAACCCCUACUUUUACAUUAUAGAGAGAAACCCCCUACCUUUACAUUAUAGAGAGAAACCCCUACCUUUACAUUAUAGAGAGAAACCCCCUACCUUUACAUCUGAGAGAGAAACCCCCUACCUUUACAUUAUAGAGUGAAACCCCCUACUUUUACAUUAUAGAGAGAAAUCCUUACCUUUACAUUAUAGAGAGAAACCCCCUACGUUUACAUUAUAGAGAGAAAAACCCUACUUUUACAUUAUAGAGAGAAAACCCUUACCUUUACAUUUUAGAGAGAAAACUCCUACCUUUACAUACUAGAGAGAAAACCCUUACCUUUACAUUUUAGAGAGAAAACCCCUACCUUUACAUACUAGAGAGAAAACCCUUACCUUUACAUUCUAGAGAGAAAACCCCUACUUUUACAUUAUAGAGAGAAACCCCCUACCAUUACAUUAGAGAGAGAAACCCCCUACCUUUACGUUAUAGAGAGAAACACCCUACCUUUACAUUAUAGAGAGAAACCCCCUACCUUUACACUAUAGAGAGAAACCCCCUACCUUUACAUAAUAGAGAGAAACCCCUUACCUUUACACUAUAGAGUUAUAGAGAGAAAACCCCUACCUUUACACUAUAUUGAGAAACCCCCUACCUUUACAUCUGAGAGAGAAACCCCCUACUUUUACAUAAUAGAGCGAAACCCCUACCUUUAUAUUAUAGAAGGAAACCCCCUACCUUUACAUCGGAGAGAGAAACCCCCUACCUUUACAUUAUAGAGAGAAACCACCUACUUUUACAUUAUAGAGAGAAAACCCUUACCUUUACAUUAUAGAUAGAAACCCCCUACUUUUACAUUAUAGAGAGAAACCCCCUACCAUUACAUUAGAGAGAGAAACCCCCUACCUUUACAUUAUAGAGAGAAACACCCUUACCUUUACAUUAUAGAGAGAAACACCCUACCUUUACACAAUAGAGCGAAACCCCCUACCUUUACAUUAGAGAGUGAAACCCAUUACCUUUACACUAUAGAGUUAUAGAGAGAAAACCCCUACCUUUACACUAUAGGGAUAAACCCCCCACCUUUACAUCUGAGAGAGAAACCCCCUACUUCUACAUUAUAGAAAGAACCCCCUACCUUUACAUUAUAGAAGGAAACCCCCUACAUUUACAUCUGAGAGAGAAACCCCCUACCUUUACAUUAUAGAGAGAAACCACCUACUGUUACAUUAUAGAGAGAAAACCCUGACCUUUACAUUACAGAGAGAAACACCCUACGUUUACAUUAUAGAGAGAAAACCCCUACUUUUAAAUUAUAGAGAGAAAACCCUUACCUUUACAUUUUAGAGAGAAAACCCCUACCCUUACAUACUAGAGAGAAAAUCCUUACCUUUACAUUCUAGAGAGAAAACCCCUAAUUUUACAUUAUAGAGAGAAACCCCCUACCUUUACAUUAGAGAGAGAAACCCACUACCUUUACAUUAUAGAGAGAAACCCCCUACUUUUACAUUAUAGAGAGAAAACCCUUACCUUUACAUUUUAGAGAGAAAACCCCUACCUUUACAUACUAGAGAGAAAACCCUUACCUUUACAUUCUAGAGAGAAAACCCCUACUUUUACAUUAUAGAGAGAAACCCCCUACCUUUUACAUUAUAGAGAGAAACCCCCUACCUUUACAUUAUAGAGAGAAACCCCCUACCUUUACAUUAUAGAGAGAAACCACAUACUUUUACAUUGUAGAGAGAAAACCCUUACCUUUACAUUAGAGAGAGAAACCCCCUACCUUUACAUUAUAGAGAGAAACCCCUACCUUUACACUAUAGAGAGGAACCCCCUACCUUUACAUACUAGAGAGAAAACCCUUACCUUUACAUUCUAGAGAGAAAACCCUUACUUUUACAUUAUAGAGAGAAACCCCCUACCUUUACAUUAUAGAGAGAAACCACAUACUUUUACAUUAUAGAGAGAAAACCCUUACCUUUACAUUAGAGAGAGAAACCCCCUACCUUUACAUUAUAGAGAGAAACCCCUACCUUUACACUAUAGAGAGAAACCCCCUACCUUUACAUACUAGAGAGAAAACCCUUACCUUUACAUUCUAGAGAGAAAACCCUUACUUUUACAUUAUAGAGAGAAACCCCCUACCUUUACAUUAGAGAGAGAAACCCCCUACCUUUACAUUAUAGAGAGAAACCUCCUACCUUUACAUUAUAGAGAGAAACCACAUACUUUUACAUUAUAGAGAGAAAACCCUUACCUUUACAUUAUAGAGAGAAACCCCCUACGUUUACAUUAUAGAGAGAAACCCCUACUUUUACAGUAUAGAGAGAAAACCCUUACCUUUACAUUUUAGGGAGAAAACCCAUACUUUUACAUUAUAGAGAGAAACCCCUACCUUUACAUUAUAGAGAGAAAACCCCUAUCUUUACAUUAUAGAGAGAAACCCCCUACUUUUACAUUAUAGAGAGAAAACCCUUACCUUUACAUUAUAGAGAGAAACCCCCUACUUUUACAUUAUAUAGAGAAACCCCCUACCAUUACAUUAGAGAGAGAAACCCCCUACCUUUACAGUAUAGAGAGAAACACCCUACCUUUACAUUAUAGAGAGAAACACCCGACCUUUACACUAUAGAGCGAAACCCCCUAUCUUUACAUUAGAGAGAGAACCCCCCUACUUUUACAUUAUAGAGAGAACCCCCUACCUUUACAUUAUAGAAGGAAACCCCCUACAUUUACAUCUGAGAGAGAAACCCCCUACCUUUACAUUAUAGAGAGAAACCACCUACUGUAACAUUAUAGAGAGAAACCCCCUACUUUUACAUUAGAGAGAGAAACCCCCUACCUUUACAUUAUAGAGAGAAACACCCUACCUUUACAUUAUAGAGAGAAACACCCUACCUUUACACUAUAGAGCGAAACCCUCUACCUUUACAUUAGAGAGUGAAACCCAUUACCUUUACACUACAGAGUUAUAGAGAGAAAACCCCUACCUUUACAUCUGAGAGAGAAACCCCCUACCUUUACAUUAUAGAGAUAAACCCCUUACCUUUACACUAUAGAGUUAUAGAGAGAAAAACCGUACCUUUACACUAUAGGGAGAAACCCCCUACCUUUACAUCUGAGAGAGAAACCCCCUACUUUUACAUUAUAGAGAGAACCCACUACCUUUACAUUAUAGAAGGAAACCCCCUACAUUUACAUCUGAGAGAGAAACCCCCUACCUUUACAUUAUAGAGAGAAACCACAUACUUUUACAUUAUAGAGAGAAAACCCUUACCUUUACAUUAGAGAGAGAAACCCCCUACCUUUACAUUAUAGAGAGAAAACCACAUUAUAGAGAGAAAUCCCUUACCUUUACAUUUUAGAGAGAAAACCCCUACCUUUACAUACUAGAGAGAAACCCCCUACCUUUACAUUAGAGAGAGAAACCCCCUACCUUUACAUUAUAGAGAGAAACCCCCUACCUUUACAUUAUAGAGAGAAAACCCUUACUUUUACAUUUUAGAUAGAAAACCCUUACCUUUACAUUUUAGAGAGAAAACCCCUACUUUUACAUUAUAGAGAGAAACCCCCUACCUUUACAUUAGAGAGAGAAACCCCCUACCUUUACAUUAUAGAGAGAAACCCCCUACCUUUACAUUAUAUAGAGAAACCCCCUACCUUUACAUUAUAGAGAGUAAACCCCUACCUUUACAUUAUAGAGAGAAAACCCCUACUUUUACAUUAUAGAGAGAAAACCCUUACCUUUACAUUAUAGAGAGAAACCCCCUACCUUUACAUACUAGAGAGAAAACCCUUACCUUUACAUUCUAGAGAGAAAACCCCUACUUUUACAUUAUAGAGAGAAACCCCCUACCUUUACAUUAUAGAGAGAAACCCCCUACCUUUAAAUAAAUAAAUUGGUCAUUUAGCAGACGCUCUUAUCCAGAGCGACUUACAGGAGCAAUUAGGGUUAAGUGCCUUGCUCAAGGGCACAGACAGUUUUUUCACCUAGUCGGCUCGGGGAUUAGAACCAGCGACCUUUCGGUUACUGGCACAACGCUCUUAACCACUAAGCCACCAGCCGCCCUAUUUACAUUAUAGAGAGAAACCACAUACUUUUACAUUAUAGAGAGAAACCACAUACUUUUACAUUAUAGAGAGAAACCCCCUACGUUUACAUUAUAGAGAGAAAAACCCUACUUUUACAUUAUAGAGAGAAAACCCUUACCUUUACAUUUUAGAGAGAAAACCCCUACUUGUACAUUAUAGAGAGAAACCCCUACCUUUACAUUAUAGAGAGAAACCUCCUACCUUUACAUUAUAGAGAGAAACCCCUACCUUUACAUUAUAGAGAGAAACCUCCUACCUUUACAUUAUAGAGAGAAACCCCCUACUUUUACAUUAUAGAGAGAAAACCCUUACCUUUACAUUAUAGAGAGAAACCCCUACCUUUACAUUAUAGAGAGAAACCCCCUACCUUUACAUUAUAGAGAGAAACCUCCUACCUUUACAUUAUAGAGAGAAACCCCUACCUUUACAUUAUAGAGAGAAACCUCCUACCUUUACAUUAUAGAGAGAAACCCCCUACUUUUACAUUAUAGAGAGAAAACCCUUACCUUUACAUUAUAGAGAGAAACCCCUACCUUUACAUUAUAGAGAGAAACCCCCUACCUUUACAUUAUAGAGAGAAACCCCCUACCUUUACAUCUGAGAGAGAAAACCCCUACCUUUACAUCAGAGAGAGAAACCCCUACCUUACAUUAUAGAGAGAAACCCCUACCUUUACAUUUUCCAGGGCCACUCUCAUAUAUCCUGUAUGCCAGGGACCGUGCGGCGCUGGAACUACCCUCCCCCACUCUGCAUCGGUAAGAACUUUUACUUAGAGGUGGUCACAUUCAAGGCAAUUGUGUUACAGUUUCAGUGCUAUUCAUUGUCUGCAGUAUUUUUUCAAGGUGUGCCACACGUAAUGUGCAUUUUUAUUUUCCAGCAAAGUGCGGUGGAACAGCAGUUGACUUGGCCGAUGUUAUUUUAAGUCCUGGAUUCCCUGGCAACUACCCUGGUAACAUGGACUGUACAUGGAGGAUUCUGUUACCAGUUGGAUAUGGUGAGGAACCUGCUAUGAUAAUGAUAAGGAGAAGCCAUGUUAGGAAGUUCAGAGAUAAUAGCUUUAUUUUUAUAUAUACAGUGGGGGAAAAAAGUAUUUAGUCAGCCACCAAUUGUGCAAGUUCUCCCACUUAAAAAGAUCAGAGAGGCCUGUAAUUUUCAUCAUAGGUACACGUCAACUAUGACAUACAAAAUGAGAAAAAAUUUCCAGAAAAUCACAUUGUAGGAUUUUUAAUGAAUAUAUUUGCAAAUUAUGGUGGAAAAUAAGUAUUUGGUCAAUAACAAAAGUUUCUUAAUACAUUGUUAUAUACCCUUUGUUGGCAAUGACACAGGUGAAACGUUUUCUGUAAGUCUUCACAAGGUUUUCACACACUGUUGCUGGUAUUUUGGCCCAUUCCUCCAUGCAGAUCUCCUCUAGAGCAGUGAUGUUUUGGGGCUGUCGCUGGGCAACACGGACUUUCAACUCCCUCCAAAGAUUUUCUAUGGGGUUGAGAUCUGGAGACUGGCUAGGCCACUCCAGGACCUUGAAAUGCUUCUUAUGAAGCCACUCCUUCGUUGCCCGGGCGGUGUGUUUGGGAUCAUUGUCAUACUGAAAGACCCAGCCACGUUUCAUCUUCAAUGCCCUUGCUGAUGGAAGGAGGUUUUCACUCAAAAUCUCACGAUACAUGGCCCCAUUCAUUCUUUCCUUUACACGGAUCAGUCGUCCUGGUCCCUUUGCAGAAAAACAGCCCCAAAGCAUGAUGUUUCCACCCCCAUGCUUCACAGUAGGUAUGGUGUUCUUUGGAUGCAACUCAGCAUUCUUUGUCCUCCAAACACGACGAGUUGAGUUUUUACCAAAAAGUUCUAUUUUGGUUUCAUCUGACCAUAUGACAUUCUCCCAAUCCUCUUCUGGAUCAUCCAAAUGCACUCUAGCAAACUUCAGACGGGCCUGGACAUGUACUGGCUUAAGCAGGGGGACACGUCCCACACUGCAGGAUUUGAGUCCCUGGCGGCAUAGUGUGUUACUGAUGGUAGGCUUUGUUACUUUAGUCCCAGCUCUCUGCAGGUCAUUCACUAGGUCCCCCCGUGUGGUUCUGGGAUUUUUGCUCACCGUUCUUGUGAUCAUUUUGACCCCACGGGGUGAGAUCUUGCGUGGAGCCCCAGAUCGAGGGAGAUUAUCAGUGGUCUUGUAUGUCUUCCAUUUCCUAAUAAUUGCUCCCACAGUUGAUUUCUUCAAACCAAGCUGCUUACCUAUUGCAGAUUCAGUCUUCCCAGCCUGGUGCAGGUCUACAAUUUUGUUUAUGGUGUCCUUUGACAGCUCUUUGGUCUUGGCCAUAGUGGAGUUUGGAGUGUGACUGUUUGAGGUUGUGGACAGGUGUCUUUUAUACUGAUAACAAGUUCAAACAGGUGCCAUUAAUACAGGUAACGAGUGGAGGACAGAGGAGCCUCUUAAAGAAGAAGUUACAGGUCUGUGAGAGCCAGAAAUCUUGCUUGUUUGUAGGUGACCAAAUACUUAUUUUCCACCAUAAUUUGCAAAUAAAUUUAUUAAAAAUCCUACAAUGUGAUUUUCUGAAUAUUUUUUUCUCAUUUUGUCUGUUCAAGUUGACGUGUACCUAUGAUGAAAAUUACAGGCCUCUCUCAUCUUUUUAAGUGGGAGAACUUGCACAAUUGGUGGCUGACUAAAUACUUUUUUUCCCCACUGUAUAUAUUUUCUUUAUUUAAUAUAUUUGCUAUUUUAUUAGGAUCCCCAUUAGCUGUUGAAAAAGCAGCAGCUACUAUUCCUGGGGUCCACACAAAACAUCAAACAUGACAUAAUACAGAACAUUAAUAGACAAUAUAUUAGUGAUUUACAUCUCUGCCUGGAACUAACAAAAGGUAGUUGUGGUUCUGUGACAUCUUCCUUAUGAAAAUGGAUCCCCUUUAGCUAUCCUCUUGCUUUAUCUCCAUUUUGAGACCUUUGCAGUCUGUUUAGCAAUUUACAAGAGAGCUGUGGGUUGCAGCCCACAUAUUUGUCGUGCUUCACAGUUCAAAUGAGUCCAGAACAAAGUAACCACUCCAGAUGUUAACAAGGUAAUUGUGUGUGAUUUAAAAAGCUAUUUAGGCUUGCCUCUGAGCACAAAGAAUUCUCUCUACCUAACAUAAGAAAAAUAUUGUAACACAUCGAGAUAUCCAAAAGCAAUUUUCUGCCUUAUCAAGCAAGAACUCCACAAGUAAAGACAAGAAUGAUCAUUUUGGGCUGUGUGUGUACCAAAAAUGCAUUAGCUUGUGUUGUUUACAGGGCCCAAUAUUUUUAAAAAGACACAAGAGGCUUUGCAGACGCUGAUUACAGCUUUUAGGACAGACAGAAUGGGUAGGAUAAAGCAUUGUGAGAAAGUGGUACAUGGCUGCAUAACAACAAGAUUAUCCUUCAAAGGAUUCUCCUAAGCAUCACCAAGUGGCAAAUGCUUUCCUCCAGCAUCAGGCCUUUUGCUAGCCUUGGAAGAACCGAACGUAAGAGAACAGAAAAACACAGUUAAAUUGAUUGUAUUCAUUUCCCAUUUCUGUGUCUCCCCUGGAAAAACAUGACCUGAUCUCAGUAUUAGAUUGCUGAAUCAUUUCUACCAUCAUAACAUAUUAGUGAGUUGAAGAGUUUUUCUCAACAUGCAGACAUGAUGUACCUUGACAAAAAUAGGCUAGUACAAUUAGGUCAAAAGCACAUGAAAUGAGCCAAGGUAAUGGCUAAAUGCAUUACAUGAUUACAAAACAUGUACACACGCCGCAAUUUCACAACAUCACUGUUAAUCACUGUGGUCCUCUGUAGCUCAAUUGGUAGAGCAUGUGCUUGUAACGCCAGGGUAGUGGGUUCGAUCCCCGGACCACCCAUACGCAAAAAUUUAUGCACACAUGACUGUAAGUCGCUUUGGAUAAAAGUGUCUGCUAAAUGGCAUAUUAUUAUUAAUAGUUAACACUUUAGGUAAUCUCUGGUGGACAGAUCUACCUAAACAUCCAGUAACUGGUACCGUAGAAUCUGUCAGGAAGGAAACGGAUGCGUGGGCUAACGAGCAGCAGUAGUUUCAGUGUUUGUGUUUUUCGUCACUGGUUAUUUGAACAAUUCAUGAUUUCGCAGGUUUUAGCAUCUUUUGAAUUUCAGAAGGGGAGGGGACAUUUGGCCCAUAGACUUGCCCGUAACUUUCAAAGAGAGAGGGCAGGUUUUGAUGCAUGUUUUGAUUAUGAAAUAAACAUAGCUCCAACAGCCGAAGACGUUGUCCAUACAGUAUAUCUCAUAUAAUGUUUCUGUGUUUUACAGGGGCUCAUAUUCAGUUCCUCAACUUCUCCUCUGAAGACAACCAUGAUUUUUUAGAGGUGCGAAAUGGGCCACAGCACAGCAGCUCUCUGAUUGGACAGUUCAGCGGAAGUCAGCUGCCGCCCAACCUGCUGAGUACAACACAUGAGACUGUGAUUCACUUCUACAGUGACCACUCCGAAAACAGGCAGGGAUUCAAACUGGCCUACCAAGGUGAGGUGUACUCUGGUUUCAUCGACCAAAUGGUUUCGCCUCACCUAAAAGAGCUUGGUCUCUAUUGGUUUCAAUUGACAAUUGUGGUGCAACAAGGCUUGGAUGUUGUUUUGGGGGCGUUUGUGCCAAAUCUGGGAAAUAAUCUAUGGGAAUGUCUGAUGUGAAAUCCUUAUUGAUACCGUUUUUAUCUAUCUUCUGUUGAUAUGCUCUAGCUUUCUUUUUAGGACGUAAAUCAGGGUGAUUAAAGGUUAAAUGCAAAAUAGAUGGAAUGUCCGCUUCAAGGACUUAAGUACCUGUCAGUUAAAUUAUCGGAGAAUCUGCCCUCUCAGGAUCAUUGAGAGGUUACUCCGUUAUGUGGCUGCUCCCGCCUGGACAAACCAUUCAGAAUCAAUGGAGAGCGGCAUUUAGAUGUUGAGUGCACUUUGAUGUUAUGGGGCUAUUUUGCUUCCACUGGUCCUGUGGUCCUUGUUAAGGUCUAUGGCAACUGUAGAUGUUGAGUUCAUGGCUUCCACUUUUCAAGAGAUAACCCUGUGUGUCGUCUUCCCCCACAUCGAGGCCAGAGGGUUCAGAUCCUGGCUUUUCCUCUUCUCCUUUCACCAAACAAAACACCACAUCUCAUUUAACAAUUGCUCGCUCAUAGUAUGCAAAAAGAAAUUUGAACUUGAUCGUCAAUUACCAGCGCUGUCAAGCUUCAAUAUCUUUUGGCGUGACGUUGCUGUAUUUUUAGGUUGAAAUAGAAACGUUUCUUGGUGUUCCUGGCAUUCAUUCUUUGUUGUUGGCAUAUGCUUGAAAUAGACAUGUCACAGUGACAUUUCGUGGAAAUGUGUCUGACAGGUGGCAUGUGUGUUCCGGUACUGUCUCUAAAGGUUAAGUGGGAUGGGUCACCUGUGGGCUGUGGACGAGAGUCCACAGAAUUCGUUUGAACAUUUCUUGUUGAAAUAUGUUUUAUUUUGUUAUGAUGUAUGUGCAUUCCUGUUACAAGAAAUAUGUAUUUUUAUUGCAUAAGCUUGUCAUAAAUGUGACAUUUUCUAGGUGUAAUCACACGUUUUUUUCUGUCUUGCUCUCUUGUGUUUUAGCAUAUGAAUUGCAGAAUUGCCAAGACCCUACUCCAUUCCCUAAUGGAUAUAUUAUUAAUAAUGACUACAAUGCUGGCCAGUCAAUAACUUUUGAGUGCUUUCCUGGAUACGUUCUGAUUGGACAUCCUGUGCUCACAUGCCAACAUGGAAUCAACAGAAAAUGGAAUCAUCCCUUUCCCCGUUGUGAGGGUGAGCAUGGGUUAAUAUGAUACAUAACAGAUAUUUACCAAAAGCAUCAAUGGCUUCUUUGCUUUAUUUAUCAAACUAUUUUAGAAUGUAUUUGUUAGGACAUUUGUAUCAGCCCUAUACUAGAUGUUAUUAUAUAACCCUCGUAAUGCUGUUGAAGUUCUGUUCUGUUCUGUUAGAAAAAAUACUGUAUGAAAAAAGGCAGUGUUUCCAGAAACUGCCUCUCAGAUUACUGCCUUUGAAAACUGCUCCAGUUGAGACCCACACUACUGGGACACGUUCUACAUUUCUUCUGCAUUGAGCAGUGUACGAGCUGGCAAAGGCUUAUUCAAUCAAUACCUGCAAAGAUUUCUAAGAGGUGGCCCUCAUUCAACGACACCUUUCAGCGUCAUGGUAUUGUGUUUUGGAGGUGUAUUUGGUAAACUGGGUUCUUGUUGAAGCAGCUGAAGUCAUCACUGCAUCCCUUUUGGGUUCAAAGUUCAAUGUGCAGGGUUGACUAAUCCUAGAAAACAGGGAAAGUGACACUUACCAUGAUAAUAUAACACAAUGUGGGAUUUACUCUGUUGUCAAAACUGCUCUCGUGAUUGCUGCUCAUAUUUAAUCUACAAGUAGUACAGAUAUUUGAAAUGAAGGUUCAAUUGGUGAAGAAAAUGCUCUUAAGUUGUUAGCAGACAAAUAAGCCAAGCAAAUGAGACCGACCAAUCCACUUAACAUCAAUUCCUACUAAAUGCUCUACAUUUAGCAGACACUCUUAUCCAGAGCAACUUGAGUGGAUACAUUUAAUACUUUUUUUCCUCGUACUGGUCCCCCCCCCCCGUGGGAAUCGAACCCUCAACCCUGGCGUUGCAAGCGCCACACUCUACCAACUGAGCCACACCCUCUGUGAUGAAACCGCUCCAUCUUCUCUUCUACUGCAGCUCCAUGUGGCUACAAUAUGACAGCUCAGAAUGGCACCAUAUUCUCGCCCCAGUACCCAAAUGAGUACCCUAACUCACAGGACUGCACCUGGCUUAUCACCGUACCACAUGGACAUGGCAUUUACAUCAACUUCACCCUGCUUCAGACGGAGCCUGUCACAGAUUACAUUGCUGUAUGGUAAGGGUUUCAUGGUUUCUCACAAGCCCCAUCAGUUCAUCAUUGGCUGAUAUGUCUUUUACUGUGAAGAACUACCAUUUACUUCACAGCACAGGACGAGCAGGUUGACAUGUAUCGGGAAGAGUCUUGUCCUUGAGGCAAACCUGAGUGAUUUCCACUAGAUGGGCCAGCUUCAAAGUAAAAAUUGGCAAUAUUGGAAAAAUUCUAGAAAAAUAGCUUUUUGGUCUUAAUUUAAGGUUAGAGUUAGCACGCAGUGUGGUUAAGGUUAGGGUUCCAAUUUUAUGACUUUGUGGAUAUGCCAGCUAGUGACGACCCACUGGGCACAGACGUCAGUUCAACGUCUAGUUUUGAUUUACAUUUGGUUGAAUUGUCAACUAACGUGAAUUCAACGUGCAAAUCCAAUUAGUUUUCCACAUUGAUUCAUCGUCGUCAAAUGAUUUUGGGGGUUAAAAUGACAUGGAAACAAUGUUGAUUCAGCCAGUUUUUGCCCAGUGGGCACUCUGCAGUGCUAACCUGCACAGGAAAACCCAGAGUUAUACUGUAAAUACAGCAAGAAAGGAAACAAAUCAACAUAGUGCUUUUAUUCCUUUGACUAGUGAAGAUGCACUUGAUAGUCACAAUAGAAUAAGUGCAUGAACUGGUUUAAUCUGCAGCACCCGAGAGUGGAUUAAAACGAUGUAUUUCAACGGGUAAAAUACACACUUUCUGCCACAAUACAGCCCUCUGUGAGUUAUAUAGGUUAUUCAUCUUCAGUAGCCAUUAACAGAGGCCAGUAGUCUGUAAAGUCAUCAUUUAUUUGCUGUUUUCAUUCAACACAGUCUGUAAUGUAAUGGUUUUUAUAUGAACGUCAGCACAAAUCUUGCUAUAGAUUUGAGAGCAAAUCAAUUCAACCGAGCCACACUGAAAUUCUGGACAUCAUUGCACUGUUUAAUGUGUGCGUUAUAAAUGUAAUGCACUUUCAAUGUCUUCUGGCCUCUUCCAGGGAUGGCCCUGAGCACAGCUACCCACAGCUUGGGAUUUUCAGUGGUAAUACAGCACUAGAGUCAGCCUACAGUUCUUUCAAUCAGGUCCUUAUCAAGUUUCACAGCGACUUCUCCACGAGUGGAUUCUUUGUCCUCAAUUUCCAUGGUUAGUUUCUCUUCCAAAUAAAAAAAAUGUUGUAGCUAAAAAUGCAAUGCAUACUGUUACUGCUAAAGCUUGCUGAUUCCCUGUUUUGAAAAUAUAUCAGAAAUAAAGUAUUCUCAUGUUUUUACUUUGUGACCGGGUGAAUGUGGUCAACCGGGUGAAUGUGAUUGUAUUUAUAUGUAUAUACCCAUCCCUUUAUUUUCUUUUAUAACCACCUGUGGGUGAUUUCUUAGUUUUUUAUGUUUGUCAAAUAGAUGAAAGGAUAGAAUACGUAUCCAUAAGUCUAAUAUACUGUGGAAUAUGUGAUUUUGGUCAACUACUUAUUCAUUAUUCCUCCCCUCCAGCCUAUCGUCUGAAGAAAUGUCCACCUCCCCCAACAGUGGAAGAAGCUGAAAUAGUAUAUGAAGAUCAAGAUUAUGAAAUAGGUAAGUGUGUACCAGAGAGAUGGUCAGCACUGGGGGUUAUAAUUCAGAGUUGCGGUGGGAAAUCAGACAGUGGCCCGCUACUUGAUUCAGUUUAAACAUGUUCCUAUGUGACUUUGAGUCAAAGAGGUACACCAUGGUGGUGUGAACCUUUAUUUGAAAUGACCUUGGACAACCAUGUUAGGGUUAUAACGCAAGCUGUUAUGUAAUAUAGUUGUUGGUAUUGUCUCGAGAGACAUAAACUUGAUAUCUAAUGUAGGUUUCCAUCAGUCGUUGAUAAUGUCACAUCUGCUAUAAGACGUAUGAAAUAAUUAUUUUGUCCAGGAGACGUUGUGAAGUAUCGCUGCUUCCCUGGAUUUACCCUGGUAGGCAACAGUGAGCUUACCUGUAAGCUCAACUCUCAUCUCCAGUUUGAGAGUCCUCCGCCUACUUGUGAAGGUAAGAGAAUGUUCUGACCUUUUCUGAUCAUUUUUCCAUUUAUAACAGGAGGUAAACUUUCAGCUCAGAUAGUUCCAAGAAAUGAUCUAUGUUAUCUGCUUUUACAAGCGUGUCAGUUUGCCUGCCCUGCUUUUUCAAUCUGACGUUCUAUCCUCAUUUCUUUGUAUCCUUGUGAUGACUCCUUUAUACAACACUAUUACUAGGCAUUGUACCAAGGUGUGCAUCAGCCUGUUAAAAAACUAAGUGCAGCUAGAGUAUAGCCAGAGUCUCUGUGACUCUUUGAAAUCAGAGCACUGACAGAAAGUGAGUCACAGAUUGAAUUGCUUAUGAAUGUCAUACAUAUCACUUCUAAUUAUAGUGCCAAUGUGAUGACACAGAUGGAAGGUAGCAGUAUGGUUCCAUUAGCACAGCACAAAGCACAUUUUCUGGGGAGAUAUGGAGAUAAGCGCAGCGGAGUUUCCUUAAAUUUUGUAAUUCCGUAAUGCAGCGAGGCAGCUAUGGUCCAUUUGGUUUGUUUUCAUUAUCAUUUGCCCACAGGGUAGAAUAUAACAGGAAAAUGGAAAAUGCCUUCACAUUAUUUUCUUGCCAUAGAUCACUAACCCCUGAGCUCAUUUGGAUUUAGCAACCUGGAGAAGUUCAAGAGAAGGACAGUUGGGGUGAUAAAGAUGUGUACCGUAGCAGUAAUGACCUAUUUCUCAUUUGUCUACUUGUGUUUGUUGUGCGUUUAGCCCAGUGUCCUGCAAAUGAGGAACGCUCCUCCUCAUCCGGAGUUAUCCUUAGUCCAGGUUUCCCUAAAAACUACCCCAACUCUCAGACCUGCUCCUGGGUCAUCAGAGUUCAACCUGCAUACACCAUCUCCAUCUUUGUGGAGAUGUUUCAGAGUGAGAAGCAGUUCGACGAACUUGAGAUCUUUGACGGUAAUUUCCUCUUCCAACAGCCAAAUAAGUCAUAUGCAUGUUUUAUUUUGUUUGUUCUAAAAUGUUUAUGCCAUGUCAGAGAUGCUUUAAUGUUCAAAUGCCUUACGACGAGCACUGUCAUUGGUGAGUGUUUCUUUUGAUCUGUUAGGACCAUCUGGCCAGAGCCCUUUGCUUGUGGCCCUUAGUGGAAAUCACUCCACACAGUUAAACUUUACAAGCAAGACCAACCACCUUUACCUGAGAUGGUCCACUGAUCAUGCAACCAGCAAAAGAGGAUUCAGAAUCCGCUACACAGGUUUGUAGUGCAUAACAAUAUGUUUCAUUUUGCGAUAAGGCUUUAACGCCCAUGUGCUGUGGGGAUGACUAUUUCUGCUAAUGCAUCACAAUUCUUAUUAGGGGAGACUGUUAUGUUUCAUAACAGACACCAAAUGAAACAUUUGAAUUACAGGACAUUCAAAAAGGGGGACAGCGCCAUAACCUUUUUCCUCAGGAAUGGGUGUCAGAGAAGCUUAGGCACCAGUCUCUUUCCUCUGAGGCUGUUGCUUUGAAUCCAAUGUAGGUCAAAGAGUGUGAGGCAGUCAGACUUUUCCAAGUUAGCCCUCAUUAGACUAUACCUGCAGGGAUCCUUUUGCAAGUCCUCCAUAAUAGAGGUCAAAGAUCCGAUGAUGAAUUUGUAUGAAUAACCGCCAUGUCCGGUGCCUCAAACCGACAUUUCCACCAAUGACCAAACAUGAUUUAUAGCUCACAAAGCCUGGUGGCAAUGAUUACUCUCCAUUUCUCCGCCUUUUCUGUCACUUUUCUUCUCUCUGUUCAUUUUAGUCGAUCCUUUUGCCAUUCCAGCCCCUGUGCUAGUUAUUAUUCCAGUUUGUUUCCACGUUUCCCCAUUUAUUCAAUUUGCCAUCCCUUGUGCAUGAAUGAAAAAUUUGACAUUGCAUUGAGGCCUGACGUGUCAGAAUAAGUGAUGGUUUCUGAAGGCUUCAGAUUGGCUACCUCGGUGCUGUCAAACUAUGUAAAAGUAUUUUUAAAUAAUGCAGGGAUGUUGAACACAGACAGGGUAAUACACUUCCGCUUGAUCUUUACAAAACUGCUUUGGGAGUGAAGAAGUCUUUACCCAGCCAGGGGACUUUUCCCUUCGUCUUUAACAGUCCAUUGGUCUUUCAUCAAAGUAAAUUAGACUGAUGCUUGGAGUUUUAACAUGAGGUCUAAUCACCCAGAACCUAGACUUAACCAUUUAGUACUAUUCACUGGUUGGAUGGAUUUAAUGUAAUGUUAUACUAAUGUAAUGUAAUAUAAAAUACUAAUGUAUAUCUAGUGUAUAUCGUUCAUCAUUUAGAAGGAGGAAUGAUAUAGAAAACACUUAAAUUGCUCCUUUCUUUUCAAUUUAGCUCCUUAUUGUAGCAUUAACGACCCACCUGCAAAUGGAGGGGUGCUUAACCGAACAAGAGAGAUCCCAGGAAGCAAUCUGGCGUACUAUUGUUAUGCUGGCUACAGACUAGUGGGGCCCAGAAAUUCCACCUGCCGGUUACAUCUGAAUGGACUGUAUCAUUGGGAUGCCCCAGCUCCACUAUGUCAAGGUAAUGCAGAACGGCGAAUGGCAUUUACUGACUCGAGGGGGAUUCACUUUAAUCUUAUGUCUGGUGAAAGUCUUGCAAAUGUGAUUGGGCUCCCUCUUGUCACAAUGUUGAGAUGUGUUUGUGUCUGCAUAAAUCUGGAGGAAUUGUGAUUCAUUUACUGUUUCUUUUUCUAUUUGGUCUUCAACAUAGCAGGCUACAAUUCAUGAAUAUUUCCUAAUAUCAUAGAAAAUAUCUUAAUGAGUAGAUUCUGAGAAGUCUUUUAACAAACUUUGUUCAGAAAUAUAUAAUCAUCGACAGUUAUGUAACUGAGCCUUUCUGCAUUGUGUUCACUAGUGUGACAGCCCAUUGCUGUAACAAGAUUUAUUUUUGCAUAAAGGAAUAGAGGAUAAGGUGGAGCUAAUUACUUCUGGGGGUUUUAUCUUUAACGCCUGUUUGCGAUAGAGCAUGCAAGACAAUUAUCUAUUUAAAGGUACAAAGGAAAGGGAAUAAUUAUUUGAAAAUUGUGUCCACUCAAUUGUGGUCAACUAUAGGUGGGUAACAAGCGAACAAAACAAGAUAGCUAUUUGUUAUCCUCACUAAACCUGAUAGGAAAUUAUAAUUUUAUAUGAUGAGAUCGUCUGUUCCAUUUGCACGGUAUUCUAAACAUGGUAUUUCGAACAGUAAGCGUGGGUUUAAGCAAGUGAAUGCCACAAUCUUCAAGGGUAAAGUUCUGGUUUCCAAUGUACUCUAAUAGUUGGUACAUACUAACAGUACUGGUACAUACUAACAGUACUGGUACAUACUAACAGUACUGGUACAUACUAACAGUACUGGUACAUACUUAGCUUACUUCCUUUUAAUCCCUGCCCUUUGAGACACACGGCCACUAUAGUCAGAACACAGAACACUCAUGUGAUGAGAAGUGGCCAUAGUGUCCACUAAUUAUGUGGCAUAAUUUCUGUAAGUGCUGAGAGUAAUUCAUUCAGCUGUUCUUAAGGUCAUGGGGAGGCAGAGGAGGAUUCUGGCUUCUCUGUUUAAUCCAAUUUAAACGUAAGGUUGUGAUCAAAUUUGACAAGAAAACAGCCUAAUUGGUCCCACUGCUUUUACUGGAACUAUGAAAACAUCUACUAGCUUGAACUGUUCUCAAAAUAUGUUGCUUUGUUGCUUUGGUAGAUGUUCCUGUUGCUUAGGUAGAUGAAAUUCUGAUUUGAAUAAACAGUUGCAGGGUGAGAAAUUAUCGUUUGAUGAGAGUAUAAUUUUUAUAUUUUCAUAUCUUUCCAUUGGCAGCUAUAUCUUGUGGAAUCCCUCAGUCUCCUGCCAAUGGUUCAUUCCAUGGUUUCCAGUACACAGUGGGAAGCAAAGUGAACUACCAGUGCAAUGAAGGGUACAGGAUGGAGACAAGUCUCUCCACGAGCGCCGUCUGUCUGGAGGACGGGACAUGGAGCAACACUGCACACCCACCUCUUUGUUUACGUGAGAAAAAUAACCCUUUGUUUCUAUGCCAACAGUACGCUAAAAUCGCUUGCCUCAUUGAGCCACUGCAGUCAAUGCAGGUCUCAUUAACAUCCUCCUUAGAGAGUAAUGUGGAGCAGGUAACGGGUGAGCAAUAAUGACUAGAUCUUUGCGGCUAAGCACUCACACAAAAUAAAUGGUAGGAUGCAACCCCGCCCCCUCAGGCCUGCAUUACCAGAAACACUCUAAGCAAUCAUGUUUAAGUCAUUUUGGGACAUGACUGUUUAAAUUACAUGUUCAUACUACAAUGAGUGUGAUUUAUGUGAAUACAAUAUAUAUAACAAAAACAUUUGGUCUCAGAAAGUGCUUUGGCGGUUUUAUUAAUAGAAUAUAAUACUCUGUAUAGACUCUAGGACAAAGACCGAUAAUACACACAUCACAAGGCUUUUAGAAUAUCAAAUCACUGAAGUUGGAGAAAGUAAAGGAAAUUGAGAUUUCUCUGUCAUGUCUGGACUUUUGAGUGUGUUCAGAAUGAAGGCCAGGGUCGCGGUAUUCCAUUAACUCUGGCCUGUUCUGUCUCCCCCCACAGCGAUCCAAUGUCCUAACAUUGAGAGCGUGCUCUCAGAACACAUGGUGUGGCGGCUGAUCUCGGGGUCACUGAAUGAAUUUGGAGCUCAGAUAAUGCUGAGCUGCACUCCUGGCUUCUACCUGGGAGGACAGAGGACCGUCAAGUGCUUAGCUAAUGGAACCUGGGCUGGAAUCGAGGAGAGGUCUACCUGCAAGAGUAAGAUACAUACUGUGCAUGUACCACCAGUCUGCACUGCUUAGAGUUACAGAAAAUUAAAUUUUACGUCAUUUAGCAGAUGCUCUUAUCCAGAUCAACUUACAAUAGUGAGUGCAUACAUUUUCAUAUAUAUAUGUUUUUAACUGGUCCCCAGUGGGAAUCGAACCCACAACCCUGGUGUUGUAAGCACCAUGAUCUACCAACUGAGCUACACGGGAUGAUGAUCAGUCAUGAGAGUGGAGUGCAAAAUACUUGACAUUUCGAGUAUGAAUAGUACCUUUUUCUAAUUACUGAGAGCAAUUUCAUUGUCUGACAAGGGCUGUAAUUCAGACUGGCAGUUAAUAAGUCUGAAAUCCUCCCUGCCUCAUUGUGGCUCCCAGUGUAUUUCUGGACCGUAACAUGCAUAAUCCCCAGGAUUUGGUGUGGGAGCUGGGAAGUCACAAGGCAGUAUCCAAACAUGCAAUUUGUUUUGAUCACAGCUCUACCUAUUUCCUCUACUUAGACAUGUUGUGUAAACAACUGUAGUGGUGAUGAAGUAAUCAGGGAAAAUAGGCUCUGCCUAAUUAGAGGUCAGAGGGAGAAUGUAAACAUUCUGAUUAGCGGGGACUUCAUAUGUAAUGUGUUUACAUGCCAUUGUGGACAGGCAAAGGCACAUUGGCCUUGGGUUUGAUUAGGUGCAUCCAGGAGUCCCUGGUGUGUUUUCUGAUCAUUCCCGGGGUGCCUCCUUACGGGGAAGACAUACAGCUCAGGGAUGGAAUUAAAGUAUUUUGAGCACUGGCCAGCUGGGCUAAUAGAAUACAGCAUUAUUGUAACUAGCCUGGGUCCAAACUCUGUAAUGCGAAACUUUAAAAAAAACAUUUGACUUGCCGGUGGGUUAGUUGGGAAAAUGUUCUACUAGCCCGGUCAGAAAAGUACUAGACUCGAGCUAGCGGGAUAGCUUCAUUUCCAUCCCUGAUAUGCUGCAUGAGUACUCAUUUUCAUCUAUAGCCAAUGUCCUUACAUACUGUAAUUUUUACUGACUCCUUUCUAUUCAUGUGGUGAACCAGACCGUAGGUGAAUUUAAAGAAGGUGAAUGCACAAUGACAAACAAACAAGCAUACUGUUGCAUACAUUAGAAUGGUCUGACAAAACAAAAACAAGGACAAUAUAUAAUGAAUGUUAGUAUAACGGCCAGCAAUAUGUGUUUACAUAAGGUAGUUGCAUAUUGUAGCUCAGCUGGUAGAGCACGGCGCUUGUAACGCCAAGGUAGUGGGUUCGAUACCCGGGACCACCCAUACACAAACAUGUAUGCACGCAUGACUGUAAGUCGCUUUGGAUAAAAGCGUCUGCUAAAUGGCAUAUUAUAUUAUUAUUUACAUUUAUUGUAACAUUUACAGGUAACUUGUGAGGGCUGAAUCAUUCAGCUGCUGUAAGACAUGAUGUGCCACUUCCCCAUUUAGUGUUCUAGUACAAAUACACCAGUGGAGGCUGGUGGGAGGAGCUAUAGGAGGACGGGCUCAUUGUAAUGUCUGAAAUGGAAUCAAUGGAAUGGAGUCAAACGUGGUUUCCAAAUGUUUGAUGGUUUUGAUAGCGUUCCAUUGAUUCCAUUCCAGCCAUUACAAUGAGCCCAUCCUCUUAUAGCUCCUCCCAACAGCCUCCACUGAAAUACACAAUUCUCUGCAUGCCUUUCAUUCAGGGAUAUCUAGUCACUGUAGAUCAAAAUGCUCCACUAAUCAGUCCUCAUUGUAGAAUUUGUUUCCACUCAGACACAGUGGCGUGCAACCAAGUAUAACUCAGUCUCUGAUUGUCUGUGUCACUUCCAGUUAUCUCGUGUGGGGACCUCCCCUCUCCUCCCUAUGGCAACAAGAUAGGAACCCUGACUACAUUUGGUGCCACAGCGAUCUUCAUGUGUAAUACGGGAUACACACUGGUGGGGUCACAUGUGAGGGAAUGUGGGGUCAACGGGCUCUGGAGCGGAGUGGAAACCAAAUGUCUUGGUACAGUAUAAAUGUUUAUUUCUGUAUUUUCUUAUCCUGGACGAGCCCCAAAAUUGUGUCAUCCUGGACGUCCCCCAAUGUUAUGAUCUUGGACGAACACCAAAUGGGGUAGAGCACCUUAUUGGUUUUCAAAUCAUUAUGCCAGAAACACAUUAAGAUUCCUCAGGUUACAGUUGAUCCGCUUCAAACUCUUGAAGGUCAACCUCUUUUAAGGUAAUUUAUCUUCAAUUACCAGUGUCCAAAUUUGAUUUAGGGUAGGCAACUUCUUAUACUGAUCAUUCUAUCCAUUAGAUUUAAUCCGACCACAGCAGUCAACUACAAAAUGUCAGUUAAAAAUGAAGAUAUAUUGUACCACCAACAUUAUUAUAGAUUAGAUUAUCGAUCAGAUAAAAUUAUUGAGGCAGUUCUCAGCACAAAGACAUUCAUUAUUGGGGGAGGAAAGGAUAAAACAUUUUUUAAAAUGUUUUCAUAUGUCAAAGUGCCAAAUGGUUAUUACAGUUUUGAGACCAUUUCUAAGAAGAACGUUUGUAUUUUUUAAUGCCAAUCCAUACUAAUGUGUCAACUAUUUCAAGUAUCAUCUAAGAACUGAAAAUAUGAUGCAUGUAUUUGGUUUAUUCUCACUUCUAGCUGGCCACUGUGACUCCCCUGAUCCUAUCAUCAAUGGUCACAUAAGUGGAGGUGGCUCCAGUUAUCGUGACACUGUUGUAUAUCAGUGCAACCUUGGCUUUCGCCUUAUUGGCACAUCGGUUAGGAUCUGUCAACAAGACCACAGAUGGUCCGGACAAGCUCCUGUUUGUGUUUGUAAGUGGAGAAACUUAAGUUUUGUUAUUGCCUUCAUCGAUUCUCCCUUAACGAUCAGAGAUUUACAGGAAUUCUCGACCUUUGAAUCACCAUCAUUAAUAAUUGUGUAAAACUAUUUUUGCUCUCUCUUGGCUACCUCUACUUUUUACAAAGCCAUUACCUGUGGUCACCCUGGAAACCCAGCAAAUGGUCGAACUAAUGGCAGCGAGUUCAACCUGAACGAUGUGGUCAACUUCACCUGCGGCACAGGAUAUAUGUUGCAUGGUGCCUCAAGAGCUCAGUGCAGGAUGACUGGACAGUGGAGCAACCCUCUUCCAGUAUGUAGAGGUAAGACACGGGCAAAAAUAAAUUCAAAGCUUUUCAGAUAUAUCCAUUUCAUUUGAGGGUAAAGUGCAUACUUUAUUUUGUAUUGAUAGUUUGUGCAUGUCGAUGGCUCACAAACCAAACAUUAAUCUUACUCAUUGUGUAUUAAAGUGGAACUGACAGCGUUUUGACUACUUUGCAGAUAUGAAACAAACACACAAUCGCAAUAUCAGUAAAAAAUAUUAAAUUCCCAGUUUAUGCUACAAAACCAACUUUAUAAGAGGUUUUAAAAAUAGGUUAUAUUUGACUCAAUAUUCCAUGAAGUACACUAAGGUAUUUUUGCCAGAAUAGAUGGAUGCAGUUCAAUUUAUGAUUAAUAUAAUUCACCAAUACAUUUCUUGGUAGGUAAAAAAAUAUUGCUAUCAGGUUAUAAAUCACAGCUGGCCUGGUACAUUGUUUGCUGCCUCCAUUUGGGAUGCACUGUCAGUUUCAAUGACUCAAUAUUUUGGACAAAAAUGGACGAAUGUAACUAAGGCUGGGAAUGUCAAUACAAUCAAACUAGCAAGGGCAAUGAUCACAAGUCAGUCAUAACGUGGCUAAUAGGCUAGCGUAUCUAUUUAUGUAGCAAGCUAAAAACAUGGAGCCUAACGUUAGCUAGCUGCUAGGAGGAUGUCAUGCCAUGCUAUUGGAGGAGUGGGUGAGUGACUGACUUUUUCCCCCUCAUAUCGUUUUUCGCUGGCUAUACACAGCUAGAGAUGCAGGUGGCAUUUGGUUAGCUAGCAAGAACUUGAACGACUGUUAUGCAGUUAACAUAUCUCUUGCAUUCGCAAAUUCACUCUGGCUACCUACUCCGAUUUCAAAGCACACUUGUCUGAGUGUGCAAGAGUUCAGAAUAACUGAUUAAUUUAUGAAUGCGCAACACCUGCUGAAUAUGACCGGGGUCAGUAAAUGUAGGCAAAAAAAGUAAUAGUUAGUCAAGAACGCUCUAGAUAGCAUGUAAACAGCCUAACCAGCUCUGCUAUGGCGAGCAAAAUGGUCAGAGUGAGGUGUUCUCUCAUUUGUGUCUGGAAGUAGCUAGCUAGCAAGCUAGCCAAUUUUAGCCAGUUAGCUUGGGUGCUUGGUUGGGACAAUAAUUUAUGCAUUGGCAGGCAAGCUGCAGAAGGAUGAGGAAGCUACAAUUCCCCAUCGUUUAUCAGUGCAAUUUUGAUGGGCAACUAGCUGAAAAAGUUUGAGAGAGUUUAUCUAAUGUUCCUUCAUUACAUUUGAGCUCAUCUUGCUCUGGCUAGCAUUAGUUGUUGAUCUUGUUGAUGUGCAUAACUGAGGGAGAGAAAGCCUACCUUUUCAUGGUUGCUUGAUCAAUAGGACUGUAAAGUUCCCAAAUGUAAUAGGAUUCCUGUGGUAUUUACAUAUUUGCAGAAAUUCAUUGAGGUUGAUUUUGUGGCUUUUGGCAAAUGCAUUCGAAUGAUCUAAAGUCGUGCUGUUGCAACUGCCUGUAAACGUGGUUCUCUGUAGCUCAGCUGGUAGAGCACGGCACUUGUAACGCCAAGGUAGUGGGUUCGAUCCCCGGGACCACCCAUACACAAAAAAUGUUUUAUGCACGCAUGACUGUAAGUCGCUUUGGAUAAAAGCGUCUGCUAAAUGGCAUAUUAUUAUUAUUAUUAUUAUAAACACACAGUCCAUUUCAAAGUGAAUGAUGGCAGGCCUGUGUGGCAAAUGGCUUGUUUGCAUAAAGGCUUACUGUAGCUCUAAUUGGCUAUGGCGCACCGGUCUGCGUAGACUCCGGUCCUGGACAAGACAGAUGUUUUCAUUAGGUUUUAUUUACUGCAGUGUCUAUUAAUUGUCCAAACGCACGGCCGCUUUCCCACUAUUUAUUGCUAUAGAAUUUUCACAAAUACCUUAGUAUACGUAAUUCCCAAAUAUUCUAAGAAUUUACGAAAACUUGAAAAUGACCAUAUCUAAGUGCUCGCUUGUCAGAUUUUUUUUUGGGAAGUGUCAUAUUCUUCCUGGGGGUGUAUAUGAACAGAUUUGAAUAAGAUUUAAUGUUGCUAAAAUGUUGUCAGUUCCAUUUUAAGGAAUUUUCUGUUCUAGCCAGGUGAUUUUAGAAAUUCCAAUGGAAUGCAACAGACCAUGUUACAUUACAGCACAUUUUCUGACACAAAGGACUGUGUAGGUCUUUGCGGAUCAAUAAUUCAUCUUAGUGGUUAUUUUCUUGAGGAAGCCUGGUGAAAUUGACAUGAACAUGUUAACAGUAUCCGGGACAUCUUGUGCUGUGCCUCUGACCUGGUCUCAAACUAUCUCCAGUUUACAGGCCAAAUAAUAAUGGAUGUCUAUUUCUAUCCCCUCUUCAGGAUCAAUGAAGAAUAAAAAUUGCCCAAUUUGUGUACAAAACAUUAGGAACAACUGCUCUUUCCAUGACAUAGACUGACCAGGUGAAUCUCUUGUUGAUGUCACUUGUUAAAUCCACUUCAAGAACUGCUGGGUUUUUCAUGCUCAGCAGUUUCACGUGUGUAUCAAGAAUGGUCCACCAUCCAAAGGACAUCCAGCCAACUUGACACAACUGUGGGAAGCAUUGGAAUCAAGAUCAAGGCCAGCAUCCCUGUGGAACACUUUUAACACAUUGUAGUCCAUGCCCCGACAAGUUGAGGCUGUUCUGAGGGCAAAAGGGGGUGCAACUCAAUAUUAGGAAUAUGUUCCUAAUGUUUUGUACACUCAGUGUGUAUCUCACCAUCAGAUGAACCGUUCUCUAAAGACUAGGGCUGUCGCGGUGACCGUAUUACCGCCACACCGGCGGUCACGAGUCAUGAAGGCAGUCAAAUUCCACGUGACCAUUUAUUCACAGUAAUUAGGCUUCUCCAAGCUCUGAUGCUGCUGAUGGUCAUUCGUAGCCUACCAAACUUACUAACUGCCUGGUAAUCAGCACUCUAUUGUCCCUCUAAUCACUCUGACAUCAAUGCUAAUGUAAUCGAAAAUCUAAUCAAACACUUCAUGAGAGCCCAUGAGCUCAUGUUGCGCAACUUCAGUAAAGACCCAUGUUAAAAAUCAAUAAUGACAUGUAUUUGUAUGAAUAGAAUAGUCCUCCAUGCUGAAAAAGCAAGGGAUAACAUGGUUAAAAAAAUGUAUAUAAAAAAUAUGAAAUAGCCUCCUUCACCUGCCACAACAAUCUCAGCCUGUUCAGUAUUCCUACAGUAUGUCAGUGUGCUCCAUGCUACCUCAGCCUGUUCAGUAUUCCUACAGUAUGUCAGUGUGCUCCCUGCUACCUCAGCCUGUUCAGUAUUCCUACAGUAUGUCAGUGUGCUCCAUGCUACCUCAGCCUGUUCAGUAUUCCUACAGUAUGUCAGUGUGCUCCAUGCUACCUCAGCCUGUUCAGUAUUCCUACAGUAUGUCAGUGUGCUCCAUGCUACCUCAGCCUGUUCAGUAUUCCUACAGUAUGUCAGUGUGCUCCCUGCUACCUCAGCCUGUUCAGUAUUCCUACAGUAUGUCAGUGUGCUCCCUGCUACCUCAGCCUGUUCAGUAUUCCUACAGUAUGUCAGUGUGCUCCAUGCUACCUCAGCCUGUUCAGUAUUCCUACAGUAUGUCAGUGUGCUCCAUGCUACCUCAGCCUGUUCAGUAUUCCUACAGUAUGUCAGUGUGCUCCAUGCUACCUCAGCCUGUUCAGUAUUCCUACAGUAUGUCAGUGUGCUCCAUGCUACCUCAGCCUGUUCAGUAUUCCUACAGUAUGUCAGUGUGCUCCAUGCUACCUCAGCCUGUUCAGUAUUCCUACAGUAUGUCAGUGUGCUCCCUGCUACCUCAGCCUGUUCAGUAUUCCUACAGUAUGUCAGUGUGCUCCCUGCUACCUCAGCCUGUUCAGUAUUCCUACAGUAUGUCAGUGUGCUCCAUGCUACCUCAGCCUGUUCAGUAUUCCUACAGUAUGUCAGUGUGCUCCCUGCUACCUCAGCCUGUUCAGUAUUCCUACAGUAUGUCAGUGUGCUCCCUGCUACCUCAGCCUGUUCAGUAUUCCUACAGUAUGUCAGUGUGCUCCCUGCUACCUCAGCCUGUUCAGUAUUCCUACAGUAUGUCAGUGUGCUCCAUGCUACUGACACUCUGUUCAAUGUAAUUUUGUAAGCCACUCUGCACUCCCACACCCUCACCCAGGGUUCCUUUAGUAAUAGUCUUCCAACAAUCACCUUUUUUCAAGAGGGUAACCCGAAUAAUGGUGUCUAUUAAAGGUAAGGAACACGCCAAUAGCAUGUGCCAAUUAUCAAUUUUGGAGGAGUUUUUCCUACCUCUCUGUCCCUAGGGGUUUCAUUGACUGCCAAGGCAUUGGCAGCUGUCACUGAGGGAAAGCGAUCUGUUUAGUUUGCCCUGGACAUUACUUUAACUUUAGGCAUUUUUUUUGUUGAAGGGCAAUAGCUGAAAACAAUGUUCAGCCAACUCUGAGGCAAGAGGUACAGCUUGUUAUUGUUACUGGGGCUUCAUGCCCUGCUGGUUUUAAGUGCAACUGGAGUAAAUAAGGAAUCUACAUUUUGUGACAAGUAAAACAAAACUAAACAGAAACUGCAUAUCAACCCACAUGUAUGACAUUGCUACACAGUUAUUAGAGAAACUUUAUGUCAAAUGCUAUUGACUGUAGAAAAUCUGUAGUUACAGUACAUGAGAGAAGCUGUAUAUCUUAAAAAGCAUGGAUGGGUUGUUUUGAAAUGAAUCGGAAUCCUGCUAUUCAAGCUUUCUCGUUGAUUUCCCUUCUCUUCUCACUCUUGGGUUCACUGUCAGACUUUAAGCAUGCGGCCGGUUUUAUCUUGCAGUGGUAAACUGCUCCGAUCCAGGCUUUGUGGAGAAUGCCAUUCGUCACCCGCAGCAGCGCUUCCCCGAGAGCUUCAACUACAGAACCAGUGUGAUGUAUCACUGCAAGAAGGCCUUCUAUCUGCUCGGCUCAUCGCUUCUCACCUGUCAGUCAAACGGCCUCUGGGACAGAUCACUUCCCCAGUGCCUUUGUAAGUAAUAUGCUGGGAUUGUCUUGCUCAGGGUACAAGAAGUGGUUGAGGUGGAAUCUGGGUCCCAAGUGGUGUGGUUAGUUGCUGUUGGAGAAUUAUAAAAAGAGUAAAUGUACCGUUCUUAUAGUGGGGGAAAUAUGUGGUGAGAAAGAAAGAGUAUAGAAUCAUUAUGGCUGUGCUGACAAUUUUGUAUAUAGUGUUAAUGUUAGUGAUUAAAAGGGGUUGUGGGAGUAGUGCGAGUAGUAGUGGUAGUAACACAGAAGGCAUAGAAUAAGCAAUUGGUUCAACUCAAAAGUUUAUAGUAAUAACAAGUAUUUAGGUGCUGGGUUCAAAAGACAUAUACUUGAUAACAAUAACAGACAGUAACAGUAACACUGAAGGCACAAGAAAAAAUGAAGGAUAUCCUGGGUGGCAGGUAGCCUAACGGUUAGAGCGUUGGGCCAGUAACCAAAAGAUUGCUGUUUCGAAUACCCGAGCCGACAAGGUGAAAAAUCUGUCGAUGUGUCCUAAUUUGCUCCAGGGGCUCCGUACUACUAUGGCUGACCCUGUAAAACAACACAUUUCACUACAGCUAUCUGGUGUAUGUGACAAUACAUUUAAAAAAUAUAUAUAUAUUUUUUAGACCCAUGAUGGAUAUAAAGAAGUAUUUCUAUCAACUGUCCUCUCUGAACAUUUUCUCUCCGUUUCACCUGCAGCUAUUUCCUGUGGGGAUCCUGGCACACCGCCCCAAGCUAUUAUGUCAGGUAGGAAGUUCACCAACGGAGCUGUGGUCCAUUACACCUGCAGCCGCGGCCGAGCACUGAUUGGAAACGCCACGCGCUACUGUCAGGAGGACGGGCGCUGGAGCGGCCCACAACCCUACUGCUCAGGUAUAUCCAUCAGCAGGGUCCUACACUCUUAGAAAAAAGGGUUCCAAAAGGGUUCUGCGGCUGUCCCCAUAGGAUAACCCUUUUUGGUUUUAGAUAGCACUUUGUUUUCUAAGAGUGUACCACACUGCCGGGCAGGGGAGACCUGAAGGCUCUCUAAUGGACAGAAAUAACAGAGAUCGACAGGUUUCAGGGAAGUCAACCCCAGCUGAAAAAACAAUGGGUUUCUGUGGGUUUUCCAAGUUUGGUAGCUAGAGCUGUAGGAUGCAAGCACUCUGGGUAGAGCCUUGGUAGCAUUUCAUGGAGGUUAAAAGGAAGGGGGGGAAAAUACUAUUUCCAUCUCAGAAAACAAGGCUAGAAUGACUGAUAUGCGCUGCCUAUGGACCUGCUGCGGUGAGUGAUGGGAGGUCGUUUGAGUGUUGUAUAUUUUCUCUCCCUCAUGAGGCGGUAGUUCUGGGGAGUGCGGUGACCCUGGAAUCCCACCUCAUGGCUCCAGGCUGGGGGACGAGUUCCAGCUGAAGAGCCUGCUGAGGUUCACCUGUGAAGCCGGCUUCUCCCUGAGUGGCUCGGCUGAGAGGACCUGCCUCCUCAACGGCUCCUGGAGUGGCACCCAGCCAGUCUGUGAAGGUGAGUCCCCUGCCAUAUACAGUGCAUUCGGAAAGGAUUCAGACCCCUUGACUUUUUCCACAUUUUGUUACAUUACAGCCUUAUUCUAAAAUGGAUUAAAUAGUUUUUUUCCCGUCAUCAAUCUACGCACAAUACCCCAUAAUGACAAAGCAAAAACAGGUUUUUAGAAAUGUUUGCAAAUGUAUAAAAAAAAACUGAAAUAAGACAUUUACAUAAGUAUUCAGACCCUUUACUCAGUAGUUUGUUGAAGCACCUUUGGCAGCGAUUACAGCCUCAAGUCUUCUUGGGUAUGACGCUACAAGCUUGGCACACCUGUAUUUGGGGAGUUUCUCCCAUUCUUCUUUGCAGAUCCUCUCAAGCUCUGUAAGGUUGGAUGGGGAGCGUAGCUGCACAGCUAUUUUCAGGUCUCUCCAGAGAUGUUCGAUGGGGUUCAAGUCCGAGCUCUGGCUCGGUUACUAAAGGACAUUCAGAGACUUGUCCCGAAGUCACUCCUGCGUUGUCUUGGCUGUGUGCUUAGGGUCGUUGUCCUGUUGGAAGGUGAACUUUUGCUCCAGUCUGAGGUCCUGAGCGCUCUGGAACAGGUUUUCAUCAAGGAUCUCUCUGUACUUUACUCAUGGUCUGAGAGUCUUUUAGGUGCCUUAUGGCAAACUCCAAGCGGGCUGUCAUGUGCCUUUUACUGAAGAGUGGCUUCCGUUUGGCCACUCUACCAUAAAGGCCUGAUUUGGUGGAGUGCUGCAGAAAUGGUGAUCCUUCUGGAAGGUUCUCCCAUCUCCACAGAGGAACUCUGGAGCUCUGUCAGAGUGACCAUCGGGUUCUUGGUCACCUCCCUGACCAAGGCACUUCUCCCCCGAUUGCUCAGUUUGGCCGGGCGACCAGCUCUCGGAAGUGUUUUGGUGGUUCUAAACUUCUUCUAUUUAAGAAUGAUGAAGGCUGGGCCUCCCGAGUGGCGCAGCAGUCUAAGGCACUGUAUCGCAUUGGUGCAGCUGGCUUCCGGGUUAAGCGGCAGGUGUUAAGAAGCGCAGUUUGGCGGGUCAUGUUUCGGAGGACGUAUGACUCGACCUUCGCCUCUCCCGAGCUCAUUGUGGAGUUGCAACGAUGAGACAAGGUCAUAAUUUAAAUUGGGAGAAAAGGGGGUAAAAUAUAACAAAAGAAUGAUGGAGAGCACUGUGUUCUUGGGGACCUUCAAUCCUGCAGACAUCUCUUGGUACCCUUCCCCAGAUCUGUGCCUCGACACAAUCCUGUCUCGGAGCUCUACGGACAAUUCCUUCGACCUCAUGGCUUGGUUUUUGCUCUGACAUGCACUGUCAACUGUUGGACCUUAUAUAGACAGGUGUGUGCCUUUCCAAAUCAUGUCCAAUCAAUUGAAUUUACCACAGGUGGACUCCAAUCAAGUUGUAGAAACAUCUCAAGGAUGUUCAAUGGAAACAGGAUGAACCUGAGCUCAAUUUCGAGUCUCAUAGCAAAGGCUCUGAAUACUUAUGUAAAUAAGGUAUUUCUGAUUUGUAUUUGUAAUACAUUUGCAAAAAUUUCGAAAAACCUGUUUUCGCUUUGUCAUUAUGGGGUAUUGUGUGUAGAUUGAUGAGGAAAAUAAUUAAUUUAAUCCAUUUCAGAAUCAGGCUGUAACGUAACAAAAUGUGGAAAAAGUCAAGGGGUCUGAAUACUUUCCGAAUGCACUGUAUACUUUCAGGUCCAUUAUUAUUUGCACCCUUGAUAAAGAUGAACAAAAAAUAAAGUAUAAAAUAAAUAAUACAAAUAUAACAAGCUACUGUAUAUUGAAUUAAAACAAAGGAAAUUAUUUUAUACUAAUUAGGGUGUCCACCCACUCUGCCCAGAGUGUGUGAAAACAGACUUUGCUGAUGAAAUUUCACUUUGUGUUAUAAAAUACAUUUUACCAAGACAAAUAUGAUUAUUCAUGUUAUGAAUCAUUCAGUGGGGUCUUUCUCUAACAUAUCAUUAACAUUAUAUCAAAAAAGUUGGAUUUCGUAACCUAAUACAUCCGUUAAUAAGCACCGAGCUAUGUUGACAAAUCGGCGCAGGUUUCUCGUAAAAACUUUAGAGGAUUUAACAUUUUAUGGUCGUUUCAGCGGGUCAUAAAAAGCUAAAUUUGCAUGACACAAGCUGAAUUAAAUGUAAACGGCUUUGAAAAUAAAAAGUUUGGUAUACGCUUAGUGCUCCCUUGACAUGCUUGUUUUUGUGAGAAAUCUUAGAAAAAUAACAGGAAAUUUGAAUGAAUAUGAAAAGCAUAUACUAAUAUAUGAAAAUACUACAUGUCAUGUCCCAAAAUUGAUAUCCAUCUUACCUCUAUAUUGUUUUAUGUCCUGUGGAUUUGAGAAGAAAGGUGAUGAGUUCAGUGGGAAAGUGAGCCUGUCAGGUGGCCAGUAGCCCAGGAUUAUCUACACAAUUAACAUAUUAUUUUACCCAUUGGUCAAAAGAUGCAUUUUUGAUUGGACACCCUAUACUAAUACAAUUGCUCAGAGAAAGAGAUUUUGUUUAACCUAAAAACAGUCUAAGCCGUUGGGGGGGAGGAUGUUUUACUAAGCAGGAAUUGUUUUAGAUUAUUAUUUUUUUUUUUCAUUUUAGGACCCUUUAUGUACCCCCAAGAAAUGUAUCAUAAGGAAUACGGUUUUGAAGUGUCUGCUCAGGAAAUAAUAAUUAUUUUUUGAACACAUAUCCCCUUAUUUUCUUGGGCACAAAACUACCUCCAUUCAUUUUUAUGGGUUACCUUUAGACGAGUCCUGUGACACAUGUGGGGGUCGUAGAGCAAAACAGAGAACACCAUUGUGUUCUUUCCACAGAGUGGUCUUCGUUAGAAGACCGAUUUUCGGGAUGUCUCAUGGUCUGACAAACACCUCUGUAUCUAGGCCACCUUCCACCACAGAUGCAGAAGGUUGACAUACAGUUGAAAUUGGAAGUUUACAUACACUUAGGUUGGAGUCAUUAAAACUUGUUUUUCAACCACUCCACACAUUUCUUGUUAACAAACUAUAGUUUUGGCAAGUCUGUUAGGACAUCUACUUUGUGCACGACACAAGUAAUUUUUCCAACAAUUGUUUACAGACAUAUUAUUUCACUUAUAAUUCACUGUAUCACAAUUCCAGUGGGUCAGAAGUUUACAUACACUAAGUUGACUGUGCCUUUAAACAGCUUUGAAAAUUCCAGAAAAUGAUGUCAUGGCUUCAGAAGCUUCUGAUAGGCUAAUUGACAUCAUUUGAGUCAAUUGGAGGUGUACCUGUGGAUGUAUUUCAAGGACUACCUUCAAACUCAGUACCUCUUUGCUUGACAUCAUGGGAGAAGCAAAAUAAAUCAGCCAAGACCUCAGAAAAAAAUGUGUAGACCUCCACAAGUCUGGUUCAUCCUUGGGAGCAAUUUCCAAAUGCCUGAAGGUACCACUUUCAUCUGUACAAACAAUAGUAUGCAAGUAUAAACACCAGCCAUUAUACCGCUCAGGAAGGAGACGCAUUCUGUCUCCUAGAGAUUAACGUACUUUGGUGUGAAAAGUGCAAAUCAAUCCCAGAACAACAGCGAAGGACCUUGUGAAGAUGCUGGAGGAAACAGGUACAAAAGUAUCUAUAUCCACAGUAAAACUACGGUUUGCAACUGCACAUGGGGACAAAUAUCGUACAUUUUGGAGAAAUGUCCUCUGGUCUGAUGAAACAAAAAUAGAACUGGUUGGCCAUAACGACCAUGUUAUGUUUGGAGGAAAAAGGGGAAUGCUUGCAAGCCGAAGAACACCAUCCCAACCGUGAAGCACGGGGGUGGCAGCAUCAUGCUGUGGGGGUGCUUUGCUGCAGGAGGGACUGGUGCACUUCACAAAAUACAUGGCAUCAUGAGGAAGGAAAAUGAUGUGGAUAUAUUGAAGCAACAUCUCAAGACAUCAGUCAGGAAGUUAAAGCUUGGUCGCAAAUGGGUCUACCAAAUGGACAAUGACCCCAAGCAUACUUCCAAAGUUGUGGCAAAAUGGCCAUCACAAAGCCCUGACCUCAAUUCUAUAGAAUAUUUGUGGGCAGAACUUAAAAAGCAUGUGCGAGCAACGAGGACUACAAACCUGAGUCAGUUACACCAGCUCUGGCUGGAGGAAUGUGCCAAAAUUCACCCAACUUAUUGUGGGAAGCUUGUGGAAGGCUACCCGAAACGUUUGACCCAAGUUAAACAAUUUAAAGGCAAUGCUACCAAAUACUAAUUGAGUGUAUUUAAACUUCUGACUCACUGGGAAUGUGAUGAAAGAGAUAAAAGUCAUUCUCUCUACUAUUAUUCUGACAUUUCACAUUCUUAAAAUAAAGUGGUGAUCCUAACUGACCUAAGACAGGGAAUUUUUACUAUAAUUAAAUGUCAGGAAUUGUGAAAAACUGAGUUUAAAUGUAUUUGGCUAAGGUGUACAGUAUGUCAUCUUCCGGCUUCAACUGUAGGCGUAUGCGAUAUCUCUAGCUUAAACUGACAGAUUUUUAUGGGGAUUUUUUUAUUAUGUUACUUAGAUUGAUGCAUGGGUGCGUCAAUAUCCAGCACCCUCCCCCUGUGAGUAUAAUGACACAAGUUUUCAAUGGGAUUCAAGUACGGAGACUGAGAUGCCAUUGCAAAAUGUUGGUUUUGUGGUCAAUUAACAUUUCUUUCAAUUACAAAAAUCUCCUGCUACUUGGUAAAGUUCACGAUGCCAUUGACCUUAACUAAGGCCCUCUGGACUAGUGGAAGCAAAAUAGCCCCAUAACAUCGAAGAUCCUCCACCAUAUUUUACAGUUGGGAUGAGGUAUUUAAUGCAUAUGCGUUGUUCUUUCGAAGGCCAAACCUACAAUUGGUGUGCGUGGCCAAAGAGCUCUAUGUUUCAUGUCAUCUGACCAUAGCACCGCCUGGAGUUUGCUAAAUGGCAUUGGCACCUGGAUUGGAACCAGUGCUAUGGUCAGAUGACAGGAAAUAGAGGUCUUUGGCCACACACACCAGCGGUAGGUUUGGCCUUCGAAAGAGCAAUGCAUAUUAUCCAGUAAUUUUGACUCCUAUUUAUUUAUUUUAUUUUUUGUAUUACUUGUUAAACAAAAUCUUUCUCUAAACAAUUGUAUUAGUAAUUUCCCCCAUUUUAUUUGAGCAUAUAAUAUUGUAUUUGUAUUUAUUUUAUACAGUCUUUUUUGCUCAUCUUUAUCUAGUGUGCCAAUUGGUUUAACGGUUGCUAUAAGGGAGUUGAGACGGAUCACUGCUUGGGAGAUUCAAAGUGGAAGGCUGCGCACUAUUUCUGUUAUACAAAUAAUGCUGUGCCCAAGUACUAAAUACACAUUGUCAUGCACAGGGAGACCACAAGACAGCUGUCACUUGGGAAAUAAUGACUUUGAGUCGGGAAAUACAUAUGGUCUCAGUGGUCUCACUGAGGGACUUCAUUAACUCUUUAAUGGACCAGUUGUUCUCUAUUUCUAAGUGGUUACAUUGUUAAGGGAAGCUGUACAGGGGGAUUUGCUUCCUUUAAUCUACAGAGUAUCCUGUUGCAGCUUUGGAGUGAUAUUAUGUCUACACAGCGAUAAUGCUAGUCAUUCUUAUCAAGAUGAAUGAAUAAUGGAGUUUACUGCUCUUAAGGUGAUGCUACAGAGGUUUUGUAUAAUUUCAGCUAGUAGUUUUGAAAGUAGUGGUCACAAUCCAAAACAGGUACCUGAAAAUUGUGCACAAUUGUUUACAACGUCAUCCAUUUCGUAUUUUUACGUCCUGCAGAUCGUAUGAUAUGUUACGAAUUCCAAUUCGUACAAUAUGUUACGAAUGUAUUAGUGCUUAAGAUCCCAUUCAAUCUCUUUAAAUGUUCAGCUAUUUAGCUAUUCUAUGACUUGAGCUAAUGAGUAUGUGCUCAAUCAACCCUAAUUGAGACAUAAACACUCAAAGCUAGCACUAGCUAAUGCCCCGGAGAUUCCCACUGUAAUCAAAGCAACUGUAAAGUUUGCAUACAAACACACGAUAACAUACGCACUAUACACACAUGUACACAUGGAUUUUGUGUUAUAGAUAUGUGGUAGUAGAGGCCUGUAUUGUAAUGUUUUUUAAAUGUAUAACUGCCUUAAUUUUGCUGGACCCCCGGUAGAGCAGCUGGUGCCUUGGCUGCAGCUAAUGGGGAUCCAUAAUAAAUACAAAUACAAAAGCGUUCAUUACUUUUUGAGAUCAGCAUUUGUGUACAUUUGUCAUUCAUUUUCACAUGGAGGAAAGCGGAGAGCAUAUUUCCUCACAACUGAUGUCAUGCUUUGCCAGAUCCCUCUUUGAUUAAUGCCCUCUGAAGAUUCCCAUGCUGCUAGUUCUCCCCUUCUGUAAACAAAGAUGAAAAUGCUUAAGCCCAAUUGAGAGUAUUUAAAGACAUCCUCUGGAACUUUGGUGAAGUUUUUUUUAAACUUCCCGCAUUGGGCUGGAUGUGUCAAUGUGUAGUUCAUACAUGCAUAAUCUAUGAGAAUAAUUACUGUCUUACCUAAAUUAGCCAUGAAAUCCCUAGUUUUUAAAAACAACCGUUUUUUCUGGAAGCUGUUUUCCCUACAUUUUCCCCCACGUGGGCUAGCCCCCUAGCAAUUCGAGUUCAACCAAUGAGCUUCAGCCCCUCGCCAUUUGAGUGACAGCUAGCAAGAUGCACACACAGCAGAGCAAGAGAAAGAGCAAUGACGUGGUGCACAUAUGUGAUGUAGUAUGCCAUUUUUUGGGGACCACUUUUUUAGCUUGUGAGCGCUACUUUCAGAACUACUGGCUAAAAGGUAUACAAAAGCACCGGACAAUCUCUUUCAGCAGGUUGUGUGAGUGAAAGCUCUGAAAGAUCUAUUCAUGUGAGUCAUGUGGUUAUGUUUGUGAAUAUGUCCCUGAUGACUCAUUAUUUAUGGAAUAGCCUUGUUGUUCCCAAUUAACCAAAUUGGUUUUUAAAGCCGAUAUCUAUGAGAGUGAGAUCCCAUUUCAUUUAUCACCGUCUUCUAAAAUGCCACUUCAAAUCACUGACAAAAGGCAUUUCCUUAAAAAGCUUUAACUAAUUGGAUCAAAUCAAUAGGUAUUUUAUUUUAAUGUCUUGUUUCGGUUAGAUUACAAUUAAGUUGAUCUGCUUGGCCAGCACCUGUAAAAUAUAUUGUACUGUACAGUUGUGGUCAAAAGUUUUGAGAAUGACACAAGUAUUGGUCUUCACAAAGUUCGCUGCUUCAGUGUUAUGAGAUAUUUUAGUCAGAUGUUACUAUGGUAUACUGAAGUAUAAUUACAAGCAUUCAAUAAGUGUUAAAGGCUUUUAUUGACAAUUACAUUACAUUUAUGCAAAGAGUCAAUAUUUGCAGUGUUGACCCUUCUUUUUCAAGACCUCUGCAAUCCGCCCUGGCAUGCUGUCAAUUAACUUCUGGGCCACAUCCUCAUUCUUGCAUAAUUCUAUUCAGAUUUUGUGUGUUUUUGUUUGUCCACCCACCUCUUGAGGAUCGACCACAAGUUCUAAAUGGGAUUAAGGUCUGGGUGUUUCCUGGCCAUGGACCCAAAAUGUCGAUGUUUUGUUCCCCGAGCCACUUAGUUAUCACUUUUGCCUUAUGGCAAGGUGCUCCAUCAUGCUGGAAAAGGCAUUGUUCGUCACCAAACUGUUCUUGUAUGGUUGGGAGAAGUUGCUUUCAGAGGAUGUGUUGGUACCAUUCUUUAUUCAUGGCUGUGUUCUUAGGCAAAAUUGUGAGUGAGCCCACUCCCUUGGCUGAGAAGCAACCCCACACAUGAAUGGUCUCGGGAUGCUUUACUGUUGGCAUUACACAGGACUGAUGGUAGCGCUCACCUUGUCUUCUCCGGACAAGGUGUUUUCCGGAUGCCCCAAACAAUUGGAAAGGGGAUUCAUCAGAGAAAAUGACUUUACCCCAGUCCUCGGCAGUCCAAUCCCUGUACCUUUUGCAGAAUAUCAGUCUGUCCCUGAUGUUUUUCCUGGAGAGAAGUGGCUUCUUUGCUGCCCUUCUUGACACCAGGCCAUCCUCCAAAAGUAUUCGCCUCACUGUGCGUGCAGAUGCACUCACAUCUGCCUGCUGCCAUUCCUGAGCAAGCUCUGCACUGGUGGUGCCCCGAUUCCGCAGCUGAAUCAACUUUAGGAGACGGUCCUGGCGCUUGCUGGUCUUUCUUGGGCGCCCUGAUGCCUUCUUCACAACAAUUGAACCUCUCUCCUUGAAGUUCUUGAUGAUCCGAUAAAUGGUUGAUUUAGGUGCAAUCUUACUAGCAGCAAUAUCCUUGCCUGUGAAGCCCUUUUUGUGUAAAGCAAUGAUGAUGGCACGUGUUUCCUUGCAGGUAACAAUUGUUAACAGAGGAAGAACAAUGAUUUCAAGCACCACCCUCCUUUUAAAGCUUCCAGUCUGUUAUUCUAACUCAAUCAGCAUGACAGAGUGAUCUCCAGCCUUGUCCUCGUCAACACACCUGUGUUAACGAAAGAAUCACUGACAUGAUGGCAGCUGGUCCUUUUGUGGCAGGGCUGAAAUGCAGUGGAAAUGUUUUUGGGGGAUUAAGUUCAUUUUCAUGGCAAAGAGGGACUUUGCAAUUAAUUGCAAUUCAUCUGAUCACUUUUCAUGACAUUCUGGAGUAUUUGCAAAUUACCAUCAUCAAAACUGAGGCAGCAGACUUUGUGAAAAUUAGUAUUUGUGUCAUUCUCAAAACGUUUGACCACGACUGUAGAAAGAUUGGACUUAUUAUAGAGUAGAUUCCUUUUAUCCACACCAUAGCCAAGAGUAGUACUUUAAUGAUUGCAAGUGACAAUUAAUAUAUGGUUUAUUUACCUUAAAUCUACCUUGACGAAUGUUCUAGUUUUUUUUUUAUGUUUAUCUAUUUAUGUUUUUUUCAGCGAUUUCGUGUGGAAAUCCAGGUACUCCUGCCUAUGGGAAGAUUGUCUUCAGUGAUGGAAUAGUGUUUUCAAGCUCCGUGGCAUAUGCCUGCUGGGAAGGAUAUGAGACCUCAGGUCUCACCACUCGCCACUGCACCACCAAUGGCACCUGGACCGGCUCAGCCCUAGACUGCACAGGUAUACUGUACUGUGCACUGUAG